GGCGCCUGCGCAGUAAAGGGAAACGAGGACUUAGUCUGUUACACAACUGACUGUGCUGUUUGAGGGGGCUGCGUUCUCCCUUCGGCCUCAAGACUUUGCCCGCUCCCCAAGCUCUCCUGCGAGGCUUACCCCUUCCCGCCCCCGCCCUGCUUUACAGGCAUGAGUGGGGAUCAGCUGCACAACGACUCCCAGGUAAGGGGCGGGGGGCUCCUACUCUUACAUUACUUAAGGGGAAGUGGAUGGAGACCGAGGCCUAAAGUUCCUUUGGAGGGGAAAAAUUAGGAUUCCCGCCCCCCCUUCAGGUGUAGGGGAAAGAGAACCCUUCCCCCUCAUAACUUAGCCCCUUCCCAUAAAUAUCGGGAAGGUGUUUUUUGCCUCAGCUUCCUCAAAAGCAGGUAUUUCCCUUCUUAAUAAUAGUGAUGGGGAGCUAAAUAAAAAGGGGUUUUUUUGGGGGGGGGGCUUCUUUUCUCUGAGGGAGAGAGCCUCAUUGCUUUCAGUUCCUACCGGAAUUAUUUGGCUGCGGCCCUUUAAUAGUAGUUAGGCCUUUCACCUUAUUCUCUCUCCCUCUGCUCCCCCAAACCGUCGCAUCCCAUCAGACCCCUUUGAGGGGUGACCCCUUUUGCCUGCGGAGAGUCACACCUUAAUCUCUCGCAGGGCUUCCUUCAAGUUGCCUGUAGACACUGUGUCUAUAAUCAAUCAUUAUAGACACCCCCCCAAACCCCCCCGCCACCCUCGUCAUUUCUCUGAACCCGCAUCUUCCCCAACUCCUUCCAGAAAGAAGGGGGGUUGGGGGGAGGGGAAAUUUGUGGGCCCCCCUCCUCAUUCUCGUUUUCUCCCCUAGCGCUUAGAGGGCACGUAGGGCCCUUAAAUUGGGGGGGGGGCGGCGGUGCGGGAAGGUUGAGGAAAAAUCCUACUGGGAAUACUGAGCCACGCACGAGGAAAAAAGGCAAUUAAAAUAGGAUGGGAAAACUUUGGUGAGGUGGGGAAAGUGAGGGGGGGAUCUCUAUUUGCCCCCCUCGCUUUUGCUAAGGGGUAACCCUGAAUCAGUUUUUAAGGGCCACCGGGUUGAUUCCUCAGCUCGGCUCGUGUUUUGCCUUGAACAGGGCAAAAACGCGUGUGUGAUAAAACCAUACCCAGGUCCUGUUUUCGUAAAAAAUAUAUAUGUAUUUUUUCCUCUUUCCUUUCCCCCCCAUAGAUCGAUCCAGAUUUCCGAGCGAAUGGUGAGUGCCUUGUCCCUCUGUACUGGGGAGUGGGUAGGAUUUGCCCUGCUUUCUCUCCUUUCUUCCUCUCUUUCCCCUUCUCUUGUAUUGCUGAGGAUGGUAAAGGACAGACAUGGCGUCCCAGAGACUAAGUCCCGUCUCCUCGCUCAUCGGCCCCAUUGUUCCCAUCGAGCUUCCUAAUACUCGGAAAUCAUAGGGCCCUCAGCCCAUCCGACCCCAUUUCUCGGCAGUGAGGGCAGUGGAGACCCCAAAUCCGGUCUCGUUUGGUUUUUCGGAGGCCCUCUUGGGCUCCGAUUCCCCCCUGGAAAGUCGCCUUGUCGACGGUCGGGACUUAGUCUCUGCGCCAUUUUCUUUUUCUGUCUCUUCCCUGUGUGUGUCUCUUUCUCCUUUUCCUCCUCCCUCGAGCUGCCCAUGAGAAGCCUCCUGCAGUGAAAACAUGCGAUAUAAUCACCACCCUAGCUCCAAAUAUUCUCCCCGAAAAGGGAAAACCGUCAUUUUUGUUUGCUUGCUUUUGUUUUGUUCUUUCAAAGCUUGGUUUAGUUUCCUCGCUGCCUUUUUAUUCCCACCUCGUCCUCUUUUUCUCCUCCCCCAGUUCUGUUUCUUUCAAAACCUUCCCCUGUAGAAAGCUGGUUGCAACAUGUUGCUCUUAAACUGAUUCUCCAUCCAUUUGAAUAUACAGCAUAUUUUAAGGUCUGGAUGCAGGAACAGGGAUUUUAUUUCUGGAUUUUAAAAACAAGCAAAAAUAAAACAGCACAGGCAGUUCUAGAAUUGUAUUCGGUAUCACUUUGCUAAAGUUUGGUAGCUGAUGGUGUAUGUCUGUGUUCAGUUUAUAAAAGCUAUACAUGAUGGAUAUAUUGAGAGGUUUUUUUAAUUAAAAAAAUCUGUUGUGUGUGGGGAUUAUGAUUCUGAUAUAUAUGCCUUUGUCACUGUUGCAUAGCUUUCCUCUUCUUUUAAAAGGAGAAAAUAGGUUCUGGGGGAAGGGGAUGUAGAGUUGGAAUGACAUAUAUGUCAGAAAAUGCCAAGAUUCCUUCUCCCACCUUUUGAAAGGUGAUUUCACCUUGGCUUUUAACUCCUGGGGGCUUUAUGAUACUGGCUGUCUUGCUUUCAUGAAACAUUGCAGUGUUCUGCGUAGCAUGUUUGCAUACUGGAUUGACAGCAGGUUCUCGUAUCUUCUGAAUUUCUGCUCCUGUAUAAGGAGUAUGAAAUCAUCUAUGAUUAAGAAUAUGUGUUGAUGUAAUGCAGGUAUUUCUCCCUGUAUGUUGAAAUAUUUCUGCUAAGACCUUUAGAUUUUUCAGAAAUGUACAAAAUGUGCAGAACCUCCCCAACUGCUAAGAAAUAAGCACUAAUAUUUUUAACCACUCUGUAAUGGCCAUCCAUUGACUAAUACAAAUACAUAAAAUAAAAAUAUCAGUGGUUGUAUUCUAUAGGGUUUAGCAGUUCAGUGUUAAGACUGUGCUGAAGAUGGGGUUUGAAUCACAAUAUACCUGUAAUUGUGUUGAAUCUUUUGGCUUCUUGCCCUAUUCUGACUUCUUUUUGAAGUGUGUACUGAGCAGAUCUCAAGUCUCUGGUUACCGUGGGCACCUAAAACUUAAAUGCUGCCUUAACAUAGUGGUGGUAUCUAAUAUUUUCAGUCUUAUACUUGGGAAUUAGAAACAUUUUCCUAGCCUGGGUAUUUAUUAUUUCACUAACAAGUAAUGUUUAUCACUGACUAAGUAAAGUAUGAAGAUGGCUUUGGAGGAUGGAUUUUCUCCCCUUUUGUUGACUCCAGUCUUUCUUUAGUUGUUAUUUCACUGCAAUCAGCCACAGGCUCUUGCUUAUUCUUCAAGAAAUAACAGUGUCAGUAGUCACAUCCUUUUUGACCUUGCCACUAAGACUGUACUUGCCUUCAUGUCCUUUUUUUACUUACACUAUUGUGUUCCUGACUUCUAAGUCAGAAUGUUGAAGUUAGAGUCCUAAAUAUCCAUUUUUAUUCUAAGUAAAGCAGUGGAGAAGACAUAGAAUUAACCCCAUACAAAGCAUCUUUAGUUCAAUAGAUCUCUUUAUACUGUAGUUAACAAAGUUUGCUAGUUCCUCUUGUUUCCCAGAUCUUCUAUUCGUGUAGCUUCAAGCACACAGUUCCAAAAAGGUGAAAAAGUGUUUAAACAGAAAAGUAGUGAAGUGUUAUUGUCUAUUCAUAUUUAUUUAAAGGCACUGAUGAAAACUACAUAUCUCUGUUUAUUGAGUAUGUAAUGACCAUAUGUAUUUGAUGAAGGCAGCCAGUUUGGGGUAAUGUACAGCUGUGCCACCAUGUGUGAACUGUUUUAGAUCUCAAAAGCUAAGGAAAGAAUAGUAGAAAUUCUGAAGUUGAUGGGGGACACUCAGUGAACACUACUGGUUUAAUGCAUAGUAUUGUUUCCUGUGAAUAGAACUAAAUUCACGCAUUAGUAUGGUUUGGGAAACAAAGUGGUGUCAAGCAUAAGUUUGGCCUGCCAUGGACAGUUAAGUAUCAAUACCUAUCCUAACCAGAUUGUCCUUGUAAACAUCUGCUUAGGUACUUCUGUAAAAUAAAUCUGCUUUAUGCUUCAUUUUGGUACUUUAUUUUCUAUAAACUUGUGACUUUUUUCUAUGCUUUCUUAAGCACCAUGUGUAGAAGGGUCUCCUGUUCAUAAUUUUCAAAAUAAUUCUCCUGCACUACAUGCAGCAAUUGAAUAGGGCCAAUUCAAAGAGCCAGUUUAACCAUUCAGGUAAAGUGUAUCCCAUGGCUUACUAUUUCAGAAUGCAGCAGCAGUAGUAGUACAUGCUGAUAUGCUCUCAUCAGAACAACCACCACCACUUUCCACAUAGAAAAUUUACAUGCCAUAGUUAAGGUUAGUUUACAUGUACUCUUCUCUUUGACAUUCAGAGGGUGCAUUCAGAUGUCAUUCACCCAACUGCCUGGUGCAUAGUACAGCUCAGAUAGGGUUGUAACAAUGUGCUUUUGCAGAUUUUUGAAUUUGCCCAUGAUGGAAAAUAAUUUUCCAGGGUAAACCAUCCAGAAAUUGCAGUAUAAAGUAUAACCAGAACUAGCAAUCCCAUGCUGCUUUUAAUAAAAUGUUCUUUUUAUUUUUUAAAAAAAGUUUUCAGUUACAAUAUUCACUUUAAUUUUUUUACAUCAGGCUCCCCCCCCCCCCCCUUAUGCAGACCUGUUAGUCAUCUUAUAGCUGUAUUUUAUCCCAAUACUUGAUAGCUUGGAGGUUUGAACUCAUGUAAUAUUACUCUGAUACAGAAAUGAACACGUUGCAUGCUUCUGAAAGCAAGCAACUUAGUUUAAUGAAGAAAUGAACUUGUGUGAUAUAUUUUCCAACAGUUCUAUGGGUUUGAGGCUCUCAAUACGAAUUUGUAUGUUUGGCAGAGGAAAAUUGUGUGAACGAUGUUGUGUCUGUACUGAAGACUUAAAAUCUGUUUCAACUUGCUAGUUCUCCCACCACUACCAAAAAGUGUGUAUGUUAGACAAUGCAAAACAUAGCUGUUUUCUUUUUAUACAAGUAAAGAUUUUUAGCUAUGGUGGGUAAUUACUAAGAAACAAAAACGCUGGUGCCUUACAAUAAACUUUUUGUAGCAUGUAGAAUAUGAUUUUGCUUUCAACAUUCCCUGGCAGGCUUGCAUAACAAAUCUUCAGUAAAAUAUAUCAUUAAGUUUUUGUUUUGGUCAAUGUGGGAAUGUAUAUUGGUAGUAAAAGAGAUUAGAGGCCUAUAUCUGUGGAAUAGCAGUGAAAUAUAUUAUGUAGGAUUGAGGACAACUUUACAAACCUCUGGCUUGUUAGAUGGGAACUUCUCACUGAAGUACAUUUGCUUCCUCAGAAAUAAGUUUUGAGUCUUAAUAGAAUCUGCAGUAACACCACAAAAAUGUUUCUAUAUGACAAUUUUGGUUCAACUCUAUUGCUCAAAAUGCUAAAGGGCAUAAUAAGUAGAAGAAUGACUUUUAAAUAUUCAAGUCUAAUAACAUUUACAAAUGGCAGAAUCUACUAGAUGCAUGAAAUAGCUUAUUAAGUUUUAAGCUGUUUGAACUAGGGAUUUGUAGUAAACAAUAGCUAAAUAAAAAAGGAGAAACUUAAAUUCUAAAAGAUCACAUAGGUUAGUUUAGUCAAUCAACCUCCAAGGACUAUGGUUCUGGUAGCAAGUGUUCUGUUUAAUGUUGCCAGGAAACAAAUGACUUUGGGAAAUGUCAGCUUGUUCUUAUUUUCCUGUAUCAGCCAAUUAUUGGGAAACCUGUUCCUUUCUAAUAUGAUCUGUGAACUCCAGGUAUGGUAAGCCAAAUAAACUCAAGAAUAAUAGGGUUUGCAAUUCUGAUCUUCCCCUCUCUCUAGGUGUGGUCUCCUUAGUUUCCUUUUAUCUGUCUUUGCAGAUGAAUUAGCAUGUGACCUUUGGCAAGCUGCUUAAGUUCUUUGCCUCAGUUCUUCACAUUUAAAUUGUGGAUAAGCUUAAUCUGCAGUCUAAGUGAGUAAAAAUAUUGAAGAUCUUGAAGAUCUUUGCUUGUAGAGCUCAUUGGCUGAAUGCUUGGCAGUAGCCCAAAUUAGCAUUUUUUAUUAUUAAUUCUGGCUAGUGUUGUAACUUCUCUGGUCAGAGUUCCCUGUUGAAAAAGAUUUCCAAAGAUGAGAUAGAAGUUUGCAUUAUUUCCUGUUGUUGGGCAGCUUUGAUAUGAUUUACUUGAGCUGAUUAUGAAUUGUAUAUACAUUCUCAUUAUCUUGUACAGUUCAAUGAGAUACUGUCCACACAUUUUCCUUAAUUUUCUGAAGUAAAUAUUUGUGUACCAUGUUUAAAGAGAACCCAACCAUUCUUCAGUCAUUCCCAUUUCUUCCAUAGUGCUAUUAGUUACAAAAUGUAGCAUUAAUAGCACUCAACAAGACCAUACAGAACUUGCAUGCCAAACAGCAGCUUAUGCAGCUGCAAGCAUUGGUUUUGAAACUGAGUGUCAGAUUUUCAUGUCCUUACACUGAAGAAAAUCUGUGCUUUGAUAUUAUGUACUUGUUUACAAUAGUAUUACAGUGGUACCUCGGGUUACAUACGCUUUAGGUUACAGACUCCGCUAACCCAGAAAUAGUGCUUCAAGUUAAGAACUUUGCUUCAAGAUAAGAACAGAAAUUGUGCUCUGGCGGCGUGGCAGCAGCAGGAGGCCCCAUUAGCUAAAGUGAUCUUCAGGUUAAGAACAGUUUCAGGUUAAGAAUGGACCUCCGGAACGAAUUAAGUACUUAACCUGAGGUACCACUGUACUGCAGAUGUUGUAGCUCCUACUGUGUGGUAUUAUCUAACAGUUUUAUAAAAACUUCUGUGUUCUGCAUUGCAAAUGAUGCCAUUUCUUUAGUGAACUGAUUACACUCAGGUUGGCUCAGAAAUGUGCUCCUCAUCCUCAGUAAAUAAUUGUGAUGGGCUGUGGGAGUACAGAUUGCUUCCAAGAGUCUCACAUUUGUUGAGUAACUGUUGUUGAUGUGUCCUAUUACUUGAUCUCUUAGUGUCUUUUGAUAUCAUUGACCAUAGUCAUUGACACUUGGUCACUAAUAGAAAUUGGAGCCACGCAUAAGCAAAAUUAAUACAAUCAUUGUGAAUGGUACAGGACGAUAAACACUCUUGUUGCCUUCAUGUAUUGCUUAUUAAUGUAUGAAUCCACAAAUCAGUUCCAGUAUGGUAUAAUUCCCUCUUCUCCCCCAGCGUGCGGGCACUCAUCUUUGCAGGUCUGCUGAACUUUGAAGGUGCUUCAGAUGCAGUACAAUUUUGGAGAUAAGUCCUUGCUCAUCUGCCUUGUUCUGCUAUUGUUCCAUCUAUAAAAAAUGUUGGUGCACAGUCCUUCUUGUCCUUCUGGCUAACUGGGUAGUGCUUCUUCCUGGUCAGUGGCUGCUGAAAGCAUGCUCAAGUUUUUGUUUGGUUCAGUUUGACCUACUGCUCCACUGAAAACUAGUAUGCCUGCCUGCUUACUGAGAGGGCUUAUAAAGGAAUAACAUUUUGUAUUAUUUAAUGUUUAUAUAAUGCAGGGUCGUGCAUCUGUAUGUCCACAAGUACUUUUGCCUCUUCAUCAUCAAAAGGGAAAGUAUUUUUAAAGUCAUGUGAGUGGUUCUCUGCUGUAUUUUCUGUUUUGCUUUGUAGAGAGAAAGUAGCAUUUUUCACUGAGGUGGGCUGAGAUCAUCUGAUGGAUGGAGCAUAUGGUUUUAGGAUGAUGUUUACUGUUAUGUAUAGUUAACCAGUUGGGGCAGUACCUUGAUUGGGAUGAUUUGGUGCCAUCUGCACCCUGCCCCAGCUAGUGAAUUGUAAAGUAUGCAAGUCAUUCAGCGCUAGCAGGCAGUGAAACCAUCAGCUCUAGUUUGGUUGCCUUGGCAAUGUUAGUGUGCUCUCUCUUCUCUCCCCACCCCCCAAAGAAAGAAAGUGCAAGGUCAUGGCUUGGUUUUCCCUCAAUAAAGUUGCCAUGAAGCCAAAUCUGAUUGGCUAUUUGAUGCUGCAGUGUCAUGUUCAUUACAUGAUCCCUGAUUGACUGGGAUCACACAGCAAAGAAAGAUGUGAUGGGCUUAGUAAAUAAACAAAAGUGGUGCCAAAGCAGCAGCUCAAGGAAAUAAUGGCUGUUAACAGGUAACAUUUCAUCUCCCCUUUCCCUCACUUCCAAGCUUUCUUUCCGCUACUGACUAGUGUGUUUAGGUGAUACAAGGCCAUUUCAUAGUGACUCAUGAUUUGAUGUAAGCUGCAGUCGGCCAGCUAGUGAUAAGAACAGCUUGCCCCCCCCCUUUAAUCCAUAUUUGUGAGAUCAGAACAUAUGUUAAUUUCAACUGUUCAAUGAUAAACUUUUAGAAAUGCACAACUAUAAUGGGUCAAUGAGGAACUAACUGAACAUAAAUAUCUCAGUGGCCAAACCCCACAAGGGAGAUUGCAGUCUAAACAGUAAAUCAGAAUUUACAGAGUUUUCAAGAGCCAUCUUUAGCUCAAACAAAGCUACAUACAAAUUCAAGUAUUUGCAUAAGAGCAAAGAGUACAUUUGUACCUUCAGGCAUUUUUGGGGGGUAGCCCACUGGAUUUUGUUCAUUUUCCUAGUUGCACUGUCAGCAUGAAGUGUGGAAAUUACAAUAUAUACUUGACAUGUAAUUCAUGUUAACUGUUCUAUUACUUUCAUUGCAGAAUAAUUGUGCAAACCAGACCGUGUGAAUUACAGUGUUGUUGGCAUCUGCAUCACUCUCUUCUUAGUUGUUUUUUAAUGAGAGCAUAAGCUCUUAAGAGAAGAGAGAAGAGAAGAGCUAUUUUGUAUUUUGAAAAGAAAGUCUUAUGAAGAUCAGCACAGGUCUUUUUCAUUCAUUUUACAAAUUUGGCUGAAACUGAUUGUUGUCUUAACAGACUUUAAAUCUGCUGCCUUAGUAGGGUUCUUACAGCCUAUGUCAUGAAAAAUGAAUAUAUAGUGUUAUAUAUCUUUUCUCUCCCUCCCCAUCUCUUAUGGAGUGUUACAUAUAUCUUAAAGAGAGCUUUAAAUUGCACAUUCAGAUCAUGACACUUUAAUUCUACUUGAUUUGACAGGAACAGCAGCAUAGCUAGCAUAAUUUUCUUUUGGCAUGAUGAUUAGUUGGGAUAUUUAGCUAUGUAAGUGUUGAAAUGUGUCUUGUCCUCAUUAAGAUACAUACAACCUAGAAGUUGUUUUACACUAUUUUUAAUGUAGAAGAGUGGGUAAUACAUUUAAAUAAUAAUACUGUAGUAUAGGGGUUCAUUUCUGUGAUAGUUGUUGCUAUGUGAAUGGUGCCAUGGACCCCUGGGUGGGUUACGCAGCCCUCCUGGGGUUCAUGGACUUCCAGUUGUGGGAACUACUGCUGUAGUUCAUCAUCAUCAUCAUUUCAGUUAGUUGGGUGAAAUUUAAUUCCCAAGGUAGCAUGUGUAGGGUUGCAGCUUGGUGGGAUAGUAGUUUUUCUUUUUCGUUGUUGUAAAUUUUCCAAAGGCAACAAUGGACUGAUAAACUGUUUACAAUUGGGUAGUCAGAAUUAAUGACAGAAAAUGCUCCUUCCUCAUAUCCUUGAUGAUUUGUGUUAGGAAUGUGUGGUUUGUUGGAUGGGGUAAUUUUCAACCAGUGGAUUCAUCUGGACUUGGUAGGAUCUGGAAGGUCUGAGCAGUUACCAAACUUCUGUGACUCCCACCUAGACAAUACCCUAGAAAUAACUUAUCGUAAGAGUUCUAUAAUGUAUCUACACUUAUAGUGAUUUAAAGUAUCCUGGUUCUGGUUCCCUUCCAGCAACUUUUUGAACUUUGGCAAGGCAUUGGGUAUUUCUCUCAGAUUUACACAUAGAAAUGUAAUGCAUGAACUGUGUGUCUUGUAUUCAUAUUAACAUGAUACCUUCUGAUUUUAUUACUAGAUGUUUCACAGAUUUUGAGUCUCGACAAAAUUAGAAGUUUGUCUAGAUACACAUUGUACACUAGAUAACGUAAAGUGCAAGUAUGACAAGUGGUGCUUGAAAAUAUGUGCAUCUUGUAGGCUCACUCAUCAAAGAACUAGGAGAGGCUACAACCCUUGACUGAGGGCACAUUUGGUUAUAAACCCAGGUCUAUUACUGUGUAAUGUGUGAAACAGGCCUUUGCCUAACAAAUGAGAGCCCAUUUCACUCCCAUAAUUCUAUAACUCAUUCAAUUUUCUUUGUGUCAUUUUGAGAGUCACUUAAUGCAACACAAUUUAAAUGGGUGCUUGUUGCAGAUCUGCUUUAUGUGCCUUUUGAAACGAACAUGUUUUCAUCCUCUGUACAAGGUGACAAAUAAGAUGCACCAGUGACACAUGAUGCAGGGAGCUGCAACUGGCCCAACUUGCAUGUUUUGACAAAUGAACUUGAGGAUGCGUAUUCACUUCAGAUAUGAUAUUGGCAAGUAUACAAAGCAGUUUUAUAAGAAAUACACUUAAAAACAAAACAUAUAAAGCAACCCUUUUCAAGAUCUUUGAAAAUUCACAUAAUUCCACUAAUAGAGCUCCCCUGAUCACAAUGGACCUACUUAAAAAACCCCACUAGUACUCUAGAAUGCUCACAUCCAAUAUUUGCUGUUUUGAAAACUAGACCUUUUUGGUUUUAUGAAUAUAUUGAGUAGUGGAGUAAAGAGAACAAUCUUUGUGGUUCUGAUACCCCAGAGAAACAAGUAAGCAAAGUUUGUGCUGUUUGGUGAAAUGUCAGCGUCAGGGUUUCCCAUCAGAUGGAAAUGAAAGAGCAAAGAUAAGGUAUGCAAGGGAGCACAAGAAAAAAACAGCAAAGAGGCAGUAAGGAGGCUUUCAGAAACCUCUAAAAGCUUUAUCACAAACAUGCAGUGAAAAUUUUUUGUCUCCACAAAACACUCCUUAGAUAAAGGCCAAGUUGCCCUGUGCUCUUGUGAAGAAUGUAUAUUCUAGGAACCACCUACUUUUAAGCUUUUUAAGUUGUAAUCUCAGAUUUAAGUUGUAUCUGCAUUUCCCCCCCCCCUUCUAUCCCUCCCCCUUUGAUAGGCUUGUAAGCACAGUGUAUAUAUUGAAAUGGUGUAUAUAUUGGAGCGCAUGUAUGGUGUAGUGAAUUUUUUUAUUUUUGGUCACAGAUGUUUGGACUGUUUAUGUACAGCUGCAUGUAGCUAAGGAGAAACUUGAACAAAACAUGCAUAAUCUGUGUAUUCGCCAAAGAAAUAUGAUCAGAGACCCUUGCUGGGGCCUGUUUUUGAUGCAUUUAUUUCCAUGAGACUUGUUAGCUUUAUUUCCAAAAGUAAUUAGCUCUUGCAUAGUUUGAGAGAUGAGCUAAAAAAUGGUAUCAGAAAUAAUUCCCUGAAAAGAUGGUUUUAUUAUUAAUGUAGAGCACUUGUGACUAGCCCUUCAUUCAAAAGGUCUCAAAUGUAAAAGCAAAAUAGAAAAAAAUAGGCAGACGGAGAGUAGUAUUCUACUAACUCAUCCUGUCAGUGCAAGGGUUACCACUAGCACAGUAGGACUCCCCCCUCCUGUCCCUGUGUUUGCUCCACACCCUCCCCAGAUCUGCUCCAGAGGAUUGGGGUAACCCCUAGUACAGAUUAAGAGGUUGCACAGAGGAAGGGGAGCAGACAAGGUUCUGUUGUGCAAACAUAAACUAUGUGCAAGCAGAACUACUUAGUGCAACAUUGAAUACAACCCUUGUUUUUAAAGUAGAAUAUCAUCAAAACAGUGACUCAUGUAUUGCUGCAAAGAAUUAAACAUUUCAUUAUCAAACUGCCAAAGACUGGGUAAAUAAAAUUGUCUUCAUUUGACAUCAAAACCAGUAAUGGUGGUGAGGUGGGGCACUGCAGGAAGGAAGGUACAUUUAGUGGGAGAUAACUCCAGAGUCUGGACCCUACAACAGAUAAUGCUCUUCCUUUGUCCCCUCAACCAGGAACCUUGGUGGGGACUGCAAACCAAGUCACCUUUCCUCCCCCCGGCUGGUAGUAAAGGAGGCGCUCCUGCAGAUAUUUGCCCAUUUAGGGCCUAGUAAUUUGUUGACCAGAAAACAAUUGGGCAGGACGAAAAUCUGGAGUUGCGUGUUCACUAGAGUUAGCACAAGCUUGACUAUAGGCAAGAGGGGCCACCAUUACAGAACUGCAUAGCACCUGUCAAAGGAAAGCAUUUGCUCAUCUAGUUAAAAUUAUAUGGAUACGUACAUCUGGUAGAAAACAGUAUUGCAAAUACUAAAAAAAUACAAACUUGUCCGUCUGUCAGUCUCUCCAGCAUAGUACGUUGUUUUCAUGAGAGGACAAGGCAAUUCAUUUCCCUAAUUCAUGCCCUUGAGAAUAUAAUCAACCUUUUCUCUUUAAAUAGCAAACUCCUAAGAAAGAAGUUGUCUGCGGUUUCUUAUUGAGGUGUGUGAACAUUUCUGUCGUCAUGACAUUGAAUGCUUGUUAAGGCUACAAAGCUGUUAAAAUUAUUUGCCAGAGAUUUGCUGUGUUGCGCAGAUUUGAGCUACUAGAUGACUAAAUAUAGACCAGUUUCUGCCUCAAGGAAAAGAGAGUGUACUUGCAGCCUCACUCAAAGCAUCUCACUUAGGUGUAUCACAUGUCUUGCUAGAUCACACCUGAUCUCCCUUUCCAAGAGAUGCCUGUGUACUUGAAUUGCCCUAGCUAAAGACAUGUUGCUGGCUCCCCCCCCCCCACUUAUCUUCUUAGAGUUAGAGGAGGAGCCUUCAACUGCUUCAGACCCAGGAUCCACUAUUGACCCAAACAUACAUUUUUAUUUUUUCUUACCAUUAUAUUGGUUUCGUGGUAGUCUUGUUGUUAUGCCUUAGAUCAUGCCAUAAUCCACACCCACCAGUUGAAUUAGAGGACAUUAGCUAUUAAAGAACUAGCAAGAUCUUGGGAAAGAUCUAACCCAGGCACACUCAAACUCUGCCCUCAAGAUGUUUUGAGACUACAACUCCCAUCAUCCCUAGCUAACAGGAUGAUGAUGGGAAUUGUAGUCCCAAAACAUCUGGGGAGCCGAGUUUGGGGGUGCCUGAUCUAACCAUUAUGCUAAAUAUAAUUACUCUUGGCUGUAUGAUAUUCCUUGUACUUUUCUCCUUUCAUUAAAAUAGUUAAAUCCAAUAAUGUUCGUAUUUAAAAUCAAUGGACUUUCUCUAUCAGCUUCAGUAGACAAUAGCUCUGCAUCCUCCAAUUCUUCCCAUUUUAUGUCAUUUUCUCCACCUCUCAAUCACUGGUUCUUGAUAUAGUUUAGCAUCUUAAGUAGCUUCCAUAGAAUAGUUGGGAAUCUCACCAGCAGAAGGUUGUUGAAUCACAGGUUGGAAAUAACAAGUGAGAAAAAGACUUUAGACUCUGCAAUGUGGAUAAAAUGGUUUUAAAAAUUGUUUUGCCAACUCUGCCUGGAAUCUGUUCUGGUUGUUAAUCAGCUUCUUUUAAGUUGACUGCUGUUUGCAAAACCAAAAGUAAAGCUAGUUGUAUUUCCCUAUACAGUGGUACCUUGGUUUACAACCAUAAUCCGUUCUGGAGGUCCAGUUGUAAACCAAAACAGGUUGUAACCUAAGGCGUGCUUUCGCCAAUGGGGUCUCCCCCCCCCCCAAAAAAAAAUUGGUUGUAAUCCAAAAAAGGGGACACGCACUUCCGGGUUUGACGUGAUUGUAAUCCAAAACGGUUGCAAACCAAGAUACCACUGUAUCCAUGUAGGAAUUUAACUCUAGUCCUGCUUUUGUAAGCAGCCAUAUUAACAAAGCACCAGAAACCUAUGGCAGAAACAAUUCUUAAGUUUUACUAAUGCAAAUUACUUGAUGAAAAACCGGAAUCUCCUGUAUGAACAGAGCUCCUGCAGUGGCUUUCCUUUGGAACUGAUCCUCAUGCACAGUCAUUUGCAGUGGAGUGUCAUAUGUGCAUCGGAGCAUACAGAGAAUUCUCUGGGAGAGCACGGGUUUGGUAGCAUUGCAUGGUGAAAAUGAUUAGUCUUCUUUUGAAAAAAUGUAAUUUUAUUAAUCUAGAUUUCCAAGAUAGCCUACAAAAGAGAACCAUAAAACAAAUAUAAAACAGAUCAAAAACAUCAGAAACAAAAGCAGUUAUUGUAGCAACAGUAAAAAUACAAAAAGCUGUAGAUAUAAAAUCAGUUAAAAUCAUUCAAAAUGAUUUGUCAUUUUGAAGGAAUCCUAUAAUUUUUAGUUUUCCUUAUACUGUUAAUGUCUAGAUGGUGUUCUCAUAUAAGAAACUGAAGAGAUGGAAAUGUUACCAGGUGAGGUUCUAUCUCUCUUUAUAAUAGUAAGGUGUGGGAGCACUCCUAGAGCUCAUUCUGGAGCCUAAAAUUUGUAAUAUGGAAAGGUUUGUGCAUUGGAAGGCCUAACACUGUGGCACCCUGGCGUGGGGGUAGCAUCUGUAGAAAGGUAAGCAUAGAUAUUUAUCUAUUUUUAUUGCUUUCAUGUUCUGUGUAUACCUUGCUCCCAAAGUGACAUACAAUGAAAAUUAAAGCCUAGAACAUCAGUAUACCAUGAAUUUAUUUUCAUGAUAAACCCGUUUGACCCACUGAUGCAGAGCAGGAACUCAAGAACCAUUGAUAAACCAGCUUUGUAGGUUUUCGCUGAUGCUGAGGAAAGCUGUCUAUAUGGCGUGCUUCUUUUUCUCUGAAAAAGGCACAAGCGCCCUCUUCAGCAGAUUUUAUUGAAUUAAGUGAACUUGGUGACAAUGUGUCGUACAGCUGUCGAGUUGAAUGGGAUCUUGGAGGUCAUCUAGCUCAACCCCCUGUUCAAGGCAGAAUCUACAGUGCAAGAUGCAACUGUUCAUAUGAUUUAUUGAUCUAUUGGCAUAAAUACACAGUAUACCUGACAGGUGGUGGGGUCAGCUGGUGUCUCCCCAUUCCCCUCUUUAAGGGUUAGUUCUGAAGAGGACUAUGAACAGCAACCCAUUCAAACAUAUUGAUCAUAAUUUGUCUCAGAAGUGAGCAGGUGGACAAAAUCCGACAGUCUCAGGAUUUGAGGCAUAAAAGUAAUGUGUAGAGACUCACAUUGGUUGAAAACCUAAUGUAUGGAAUUGCCAUUUAUUUUAUAUCAUUCUAUGCUAGUGAACAGCAAUUCUUUCUCAAAUUUGAUAUGUCACUUUAAGCUCACUACUUCUUUCCCUACAAGAAAUUGGCAUGGCUUAAAUUGGGCUCUUCAUUGACGGAUAUGCAUUCCUGGUCAGAGCUUACGUUUCAGUAUUUGAACAACAGCCAAAACUUGUUGAAACAGCUGUUUGGUUUCCUCUGAGGUUGCAGUUCCUUGUUCUAGAGAGAGGCUGUUCAGAUAUGAUGGACAAACAUACAUUGGCUUUAGGAUAGGUUGUGCAGUAAAUGCAGCUUGUAUAAUUCCAGGGAUAUUUUUCCAGGGAUUUGUUAAUUUUUAAAUGGCAGCUAAAGAAAUACUGAAUAUUGCUAAGCUUUCAUUACUUGCAUUUCUAACAUUUGUUUUACAAGUAAAAGUAAGAUGUGAUGAUGCAAAAGUAUAGAAAAUCCUAUUGCAAACUUGCUAUGAUGUAAUUUUUUCUACUGUCCAAUUCAAGAAUGCAUUGCUUGAGAAAUGAAAUGGAUACGAUACCAGUCAAACUGUGCUGCUUCACACUAUCAUGUGCAGAACUUCACAUCAAUGGUCUAAAUCUGAUUGAUGUCAAUAGAAUUUAAACAGGCUAACUAAAUGGGCCUAGGGAGACUUGGGGUUAAAUCCCCAUUUUGCUGUGAAGCUCACUGGGUUUCCUUGGGCUUGUCCCUGUCUUUUAAGCUAACCUACCUUGCAGAGUUGUCAUGAGAUUAAGAUGUGGAUGAGUAGGAGAAUGAGAUAUGCUGCUGUAAAAUUCCUAGGAAGAAAGGCAGGAGAUAAAUGCAAGACACGAAAAAGUAAGAAAUUUGUGAUGUUGGACAGAAGUAGUCUUGUACGUAACUAGGGUAUGCUGGAUCAGUUGCUCAGGAGGACAGGACAGGUAGUUUCUCUUUUUUCGUGCCCUGUGUAAAGGUUUACUUGCUGUUUUUUCAAUAACAAGUCUAGUUAAUAAGCAUGGCAAAUGCUCUUAAAAUAUUCUACUUUGGGGCAAUUACAUUUUUAAUGCAUCCAAGAAUCUCCUUCACCCCUUGGUUGUUAUUGAAAGAAUGGCUGCAGCUCAGUGAGAGAGCAUCUUUUUUGCAUGCAGAAGAUCCCAGGUUCAAUCUUUGGCAUCUCCAGGUAUGGGUGGUAAUGUUCCCUGUCUGAAACCUUUGAGAACCAGUCAGUGUAGGCAAGAAUGAGCUAAAUGGACCAGUAUUGUGACUCAGCAUAAGGCACUUUCUUAUGUGCUGGUGGUAUUUUUGCUUUUGCAGUGUUGCCUGUUCAGAAUAACUAAGGGUAAGAAUUGUGGCCAGAGUAAUGCUUACUAGCCUUGGAAUUGUUUGAAUGCCUCGCAGUUUAGUAGCCUGACUAGUGUCCAUGCCGAAGAUUUUUAAAACUACACAUUGAUGAUUCAGUAAUAAACUCAUUAGACUAGUAUAGUGGAAAAACUGGAAUUGGGCAUGUACCAGUUCUAACGUGUCUAGAAAAGCUCAUUUCAAGACAGGUGGUAAUUUUACAAAUUCUUAGAAGUUUUAAGCAUGAACAACCUGGAGAACUCCAUGUGGUGGUGGUAUGAGACUUUAUAAUACAAGCAAUUUGUGCAAAAUGGGGAGAAUUGUGCUUCUCUUGAAAGGCAGGCUUGGGGAUCUGCUCAUUUGUUAAAUGUAAUAUUGAUAGGGUUGUUUAUGCUGUAUAUAAUAAUCAUAUAUAGGGUUGAGUACCUGCUCCUAUGUAGUCUAAACAGCAGCACUUAACACACGUGAGGGAGAUACAGACAAGGUUUUCAGAAGUACAUAAAGUCUUUAGGAAGAAAAUAAUGCUAAAAUGGGAGAGGUAGCCCAGUGAGGACUCAGUAGCCAUGGAAUGUUGCUUAAGAGAGAGAAAUCUCACAUUCAAGACUGCAGUCAUGUGCAGGCUUACCUGGAAGUAAACCGAAUUGAACACAAUGGGACUUUGUUCAAGUAACUGUAUGCAGGAUUUCAUAAUCGGGUAUUACAUUAGGUCAGCCUAUUAACAAAUGGCCACUUUUGAAUCAUGUAGGAAGACUUAAUAAGGAGGAGGUGGUGUCUCUGAAUAGUUUCAAAAUGUACUCUGGACUGUCUGCAUAACCUGAUCUUUUGACUGGAGAUGGCUGGGACUUGCUCUGAGCUAUGCCCCCUCCCAUAGUCUGAUGUUAUAGAAUCCAGAGCUCAAAGGAACAUCAAAGCAGCCGCCGCAUCCAUGCUGUCUGCCACUUCAGGAAAUCCAAUAGACCUGAAUCCCUGAGAGAUGGCUAUCCAGCCUCUGCUUAAAAACAUCUAAUAAAGGAGAGUCCAACAUGUUCUGAGGUGUCCUGCAGAGUGGAGAUAGGGAAUCUGUGGCCUUCUAGCAGUCAUUGCUGGCUGGGAUUGCUUGGAGUGCAGCAACUUGUGGAGGCCAUGGGUUCCCUAUCCAUGCUGUAAGGAUUUGUUUCUGCAUCACCUGCUAGACAUAUGUAUCAUGUGUGCAUGUGGGGAGGAGGAGUGGAGAUGGUUCAACACCUCACAUCUGUUCUGAGGCCCAGGGGUAGAAUGGAAGGUACCCCAUCUUCACUUUACUUUGUACUUUGUUUGGGUCUAUUUUUUAGCUUUUCCUUGCAUUAGAUUCCACUGUAUCUGAAAUUCAGGUUUGUAGAAUAGCUAUAUCCAACAAUAUGCAAGAGUAGUUUAAGGUUGUUAAAAUGAAAUUCAUAUUGUAAAUUUCACUUUCAUUUAUUUGCUCUAUUAUAGGUGAACCAAAACUAUUUUCUGCUUUAUUUUACUUGCCUUUACACUCCUGAUGUAUGGGGAAAUAAAUAUUAGUCAGUAUAAAACAGUAGAUCUAGUUUUUAUAGAGGUAUUCCUGGAUGAGUUAGAAGUUUACUUGGCCUUUCAGUUCUUGUAUAAUCAUACAUGGGGAUCCUGUGGCUCUAACUUCUUUCCUGCAUGCUGAAUGCAGAUACAAGGCUUAGUGAGGAUUGACUGACCUCUCAAUCUAGACUUCAAAACCUAGAAAGUUCAUAAUCCUUUUUAUGUGUAAAUAUCUGUACACUGAAAGCGGUGUGGUGUAGUGGCUCAGACUGUGGAAUUAACCUUCUGCAGUCAAUACAUGUCAAUGUUGAAGAAGUGCUUGUGUCUACAAACUUUGCAAAUAAACUUCAGAGACAGCAUGAAUGUGCAUCUUCACGCAUACAGUAUCUGUUUUCAUACAUUGAAUGUGCUUCCUUCCCCUCCAGAUUCUCUGUUGCCAUCUGCUUUAGGGGGUGGGGUGUGUUUAUUAAUUAAUUACAUUUGUAAAGCACCUUGCAUCCGUGGAUUUCAGGGCAGUUCACAGCAUAAAAAUACAAGAUAAAAACACAAAAUACAUAAUAAGAACAAAACAUAACUCCCCUACCCACAAAAAGGUGUAAAGGGGUAUAGGAUGUUAAUUAACUAAGGGCCUAGUUGAGGAGGAAUGUUUUUGCCUGGCACUGAAAGGUAUAUAAUGAAGGCAUCAGCCGCACCUCCCUGGGAAGAGCAUUCCACAAACGGAGCUGCUGCAGAAAAGGCCUGUUCUUAUGCUGCCACCUGCAAGACAAUGGUCCAGCACAUCCACCGCCACACCUGCAGAUGUGCUUCAAUAUAACAAACUAACAGAUUUUAAAACUCGUGAAAAAUUAUUGUCAACACUCUACUGGUGGAAGCGGCCAUCCACCUGCCAAAAAUUCCCGUUGCGGCUUUGCAAGUCUCCUCGCCCCUCGCUUCCCCUUUAAGCCCCCAAUCUGAGAUGUUUAAAAGGGAAUUGUGGUGAUACUUGCAAAGCCUUUAAGAUAAACUGCUUGCUCCCAUUUUAGGCUGAAACUGGAUUGUGGGGGCUACCUAAAAGUGCAGCUUGAAGCAGUUUGUGCUUCUUUAUGUUGGCAGGUGGCAAUGGGGUGUGUGAGAGAGACUGUUCUACUGUUCGCUCACCCACUUGCUUAAAGAAAAGCACGAGCUGCUUCAAACAGUACUUUUGCAAAAGGCUUUAAUCCCUCCUCAUCAGUUGAUAAGGGAUUAAAUCCUGCUGCCUUGACCAUACGUAUGCUGUUCCCUACUGGGAACAGGGCACACAACCAAUGCAGCAUUAAACCUUUUCCUCCUGCUCAACAGCUGAUGUCACUGGUGAUGCCAGCUGAUGAGUGGGUGUGGUUUGAGGGAAAUGGUUUUGAAGGCCAAAUUGGACUCCCUAAUGGGCUAAGAUUAGCUCAUGGGCUAAAAGUUCACCACAUUUUCAGUACUAAAAUAGAUGCCACUGGUUAAAGAUGGUGAUGAUCAUUAUAUAGACAUACCUGUUGAGAGAUAAAUUGCAGACGGCAAACACCUUAAGAGGCAAUUUCCCUAUUUCUCUUACACAAGGGAUGGCUCUUCCACGUUUAUGCAUAUUAUGACACAUGUGCAUCUCUCCUAGAAACCAAGAAAGUGAGAAAUAUGUUUUAGCUGCAGAACAAUAGCAUUGACUAAAAUUUGUAGUCUUCUUGUUUCCAGCCUGGUCACCUGGGGUCAAAACUGUGGAGUGUAUAUGUUGCCCCGUCCCCAGUGUCCUGAUCAUUUAUCAGUGUUUUUGACUGCAAGGAUGCUUGUAAGCACAUCCAGACAAACAUGCUUGUAAGCCCCCUUCAGAACUUCAGACCAAACAUGUAAAGGGUGAGUAGCAUGGGACUAUCUUCAGGCAUCGCAGACAAGGUUGACAUUCAAGCCGCUGUCCCACUACACACUUUUUGCCCUUGCAUGUUGAGCUGAAUGCCAGAAGAGGGCUAGCGACUAAUGUUUAUUCGUAGUGACUCAAAAAAUUCUCUUAAUCAUGUCACAUACCUGUUUUGUCAGUUUUGUACCUUGAGAGUAUAGUUGUCUCUUGCAAUAAUUGGAAGAAACAGAAGAGACUGGGGCUGCUGGAAAUCCCACCCAGCCUCCUCAGUUGUUGCAGGAUAAAGUCAAGGUUAUCCCUGCUAUUGUAAAGUAGGCAGGAAAGAGAUCUGGAAAAAGGGACCAGUGGAAAACCUGCACCCUUUCACCCUACCUUAGCAGCCUAAUUAUGGGAUGAAUCUCUCCAUUCAAGGAUCUGGCAGUCCUAGGGCUGAAUGCACUCUGAGAACUUGGCAAACUUUUCUAUAACAUAUUUCAUCCCAGGGCAGUGGGAGGCAAUGUAUCAUCUUGUUCAUCCUGCUGCUGUCCUCUUAGCAACACUUAAUUUCUUGAAAUGCAAACAAAACAGAAACAUUGCAGUGAUAAUUCUUUGGUGGUAGCACUGUUUAUUUAAAAAUAAAUUGGUUAUCUUUUUAAAAACCCAGUGUUAUAAUCUUUUUAUGCAAUAAAUCACGCCAUUGUUGCAUGUAUUUCCAAGAAAGCUUAAAACAUAAGGAUUUACUUAACAAAUACACACAAAGGCAUCUCUUUAUGCCAUAACGAAGUGUGUAGCUUUCAAACAUUAAGUGCCUUAACUCACAGUGCUGGAGAACUGAAAAGUCUGCCCCUCUUGAAGGGGAGGUAUAAUAGUGCUGUACUUAGAGAAACUGCUGCUCCAUUUAUUGCAGUGGUCCUUGCCAAUUUGUUUGAGUUUUUACGAUACUUAUUUGUGAUCUACAGAACAUGUGUGAGCCAACUCUCCCAGCAGGCUUCGUUUCUAAUUUAGCCAACCCCACAAAAGUUGAGUAGAGUGGCAUAGGACUAGAGCAGAGUGAAUAACAACUCUGCUCCUCUGCUUCCAAAUCUGUAUUGGUAAGAGCUAGUGUAAAGUAAUAAUGAUGGACUUUGCUGUGAAGCCCACCUUAUAAACUCACCAAUGCCCAAACUGCAUUGUGGAAACAAAUGUGUGUAUCAGAGGCCUAUUGGCUCUAUUGUUGAAGUGGGGGGAAACGGCUUCAGCUGGUUGGCUGUCUGAAAUGGAGAAGUGGCUCAACACUUUCCCUGACUCACUUUCCCAAUGUAAGCCUUUCCUCACAGGUUGCUUCUUCUUCCAGGGAGUUUGAGACAGUAAUGUGAAUUUUCUUUAAAAACAUUCUUAUGUAAAUCAGGGUAAUUUGAAUUGGAAAGGUAUCAGUUUGCACUGGAAAGUUUUCUGAUGUCCCAGAGAAUGAACUAAUUAGCAUGUUUAAUUUACUUAUAUUUAGUAAACAAAGCUAACAACUUUGAAAUGGCCAAGUUUGACUAAUACAUAUUUACAAGUGGAACCUGGUUAGUGAACUUAUAAAAUGGGAAAUUUUCUGUGGAAAAUGAAAGCACUGGUUCCAAGCAUUCAUUUAAUACGUAAACAUGCUUGGAAUGCUUGGGUGGGUGGCACAGGGAAGGAUUGAGCCCUCCCUUCCUGCUUAUUACCCCUUUCUCAACCCACUUGCUCAUCUGUUUCUGAAGAAGCUGCUUUUCCUUGGAAGAGAAUAUUUGGAAUUUUGUUACCUUCAUUUGUGGCAUUUAGGUGCUCAAAUGGGCUUAGGCAAAUUCCUCUCUCAGCCUUGGUAUCCUCCCACCCUUGCCAUCUGUAGUAUGGGGACAGUAAUACUUGAGUAGUGUAUAGGUUUUUUUAAGCAAUUACUGAGAUAACAUUAUGUGCUUUUGAACACUCAGAAGUGCUAUAUAAAUACUUGAUAAUAUUAUUAAGCUGUGUUCAUUCUCUAGCAAGCUGUCCUUAUUGGUAUCCAGCAAAUGCUGGUGUCCUGUGGAGAAAGCAAUGAAUCAAAAAGCUUUUUGAGUUAUGUAUAUCCAGCGUAUUCCUCUGUGUGUUUUAUAAAACUCAGCAACCAUUUGUAAGGACAGACUGCAUGAAACCAGCAGAUAACAGGAUCAUCACCAGUGUGAGGCAUACUGCUUGUGAAGUGGUCUCAGUUGUCUUUUCCUGCUCUCGGAAGCAAUGCAGUAUAGAUUGAAAUGUUUGCUUUAAAAAUUCCUCUGUAUAGUAAAGUUGCUUCUGUAGGGUGCAAUAGAUUUAUUUGUUGACUGAUGAAUCUAUUGAAUGUGGUUCUCUCCCCCCCCCCCCCAAUGAUCAGUGUAGUUACAACAUGAAAUUUGCAGAACAGAUUAAUGACGAACUGUGUAGAAUCAAGAAAAUAUGUUCCAUAAUUAAUGGUUCCUUUGAGUCCCAAGUAUCCACAGCAGAAGCUGUCUGCUGCAUCCCUGCAUUGGCAUUGCUGUCCUCCUCUUUCUCCUUUGCAGAGGCUGCCUUUUCUGCUCUGGGUAAAGAAGAGCAAGGGGCUGGAGCAGAGGAAAAAAGGUUGUUUGAGACAUCUGUGCCUGCAUCUGCUAAAAACGUUAAGACAGAAUGUUGGAGGAGGGGCCCCUUCAGGUGUUUUGCAGGUUUCAGGUGGCACCCUGGCGUCCCAGGAUGGGUAAAAGCAUAUAUCGCCUCAUGAAAGGGGUUUGGGAACUUGAAACUUGUAUGUGCACUAUUUUGUGGAAUUUUGUUAGAUCUAAUAAAGGUGUUGUCCUCGUAUGGAUGUGCUACUUUUUUUCUUAAUGGCUAACAUAGCUAACUUUCCAUUUUAAGGUUUUCAAAGAUUAGGAAAGAUUCCUCUUCCCAGGAAGAUUUAAAAAAAUAUAGCCACUUCUUAAAAUGUGGAGGGGAAAGCAAGAAAGCAUUGUUUUGCAUUCAGUAAAGAUUGCGUGUUGAACUGAGCUGAGACUAACACAUUAGUGUUAUUUAGAAAGCUCAAUUACUAUUGCUUUGUUUAAUGUCAGAGCAUUUUUCUUUCAGCUGCGCUAGUCUUUUGCUUGAUCUUGGCCCUGGAAAGAACUGCUAAGAAGCCCAUUAAGGUUUCACUUUCUAAUGCCUGUGAAAGGAUUUAAGUAGAUUGUUGAAAUUGCUCCUAGUAAAUGGUGUGAUCAGCAUCACAAUCCACCUUGCUACAAACUGUUGCUGACAGCAAAACACUUCCUACUACUAGCUUUCUUUACCAUGGCAUUUAAGAGCUUGUAGACAAAACAUCACAAGAGAACUUGGUUAGAAUGGCUGUAUGCGUUCUGGUGUGUGUGUAUUGAACCUGAAUCAAAGUCCCAGUGCAUCUGACACAAGAGUUAGCAUUUGAGCAGGAGCUGACUGUGAAGGAUGAAGAUUGGAAUCAGCACAAGGGGAAAAGAAAUAGCUUGUGCUUGUUGGAAAAAUGCAGAUGGUCCACUGGCUGCUAAUAUUGCUUUUACCAGGUGCGUAUGGCUCUUAACGCUGGGUUUAUGUUUCAUAGAAUCAGAGAAUUGCAGAGUUGGAAGGGACACUGAGAGUCAUCUUGUCCAACUGCCUGCAAUGCAGGAAUAUCAACUAGAUCAUAUACAUGGGAGUCUGUUCUUCCGUUGAACAGCUCUUACUGUCAGAAAGUUCUUCCUGAUGUUUCCAGGGAUAGUGCUAAAGCCAAGAUCAUGUAUAGUCAAAACACAGUUGAUUCAUUGGUGGGUGAGAUUGCCUAAGUUUUUCCCCUGGAUGCCCCCUUUCUGCCUCCUUUUUAAUUUUUUAAACAAUUUUUGCCAAAUGUGUAAACCUGAAUGUGUACGAGUUAAAUGGGUGUAAGUUGCAAGUUACCUGCGCAGAUUUGUGACCUUGUCCUGUUCAGUUGUCUCAUAGACGAGUUCAAUUCACAGAUGAAAGAAAAUUCAUUGUUUGAUGGCUGCAGUUAAAGUAACAGCUCAACCUGUGCAGGCUGCCUAUCUUGCAUCAAAUUCUACAAAUAGUAUUUGCAUGUCACCUAACACCUGUAAUCAAAGGACUUCACUUGUUUAACUGAGAGUCAUCAAGUUAUGAGGUUUCAAGAGAGAGAGAAACUGAGACAGAGAGAAGUGAGUGAUGAACAUGAAUAUAUAUUCAUUUUAUAUAGCCUUUUCUGACACUGACUUUGCUAUUCUUAUAUCUGAGUAGGAUUCACAGCCCAAUCCUCUGUAUGUUUACUUGGAAUGGGGCUUUCUUACAGGCAAAAUGAAUAAAGUAACAGUCUUAGUUGAUUAACUGACAUUGGAUUAUUUUUAUCAGUGAACUUUUAAAAAAUCUAAUUUGGUCCUGAUGUUAGCCCUGUAAUAGGAAUAAUAAUGAAAUAAAAUGUUGACAUUCCCUUUUGUUACUGAACUUUCUUCAAUAAUAAAAAGGCAUACAUAUUGAGGUUUUGGUAAUAAGCAGAUACAUUGUAAUUUGUUUUGUGUUAGUUUGACUCAGAGUCCUAUUGGCAACAAAUGAGAGGCAUGUUUGGUAAUCUUAAGUGUGCAACUGCAAAUGCAGGAACUAUUUGUGGAAGAAGUCUAGGCACCUCCACAUUUUACACAGCCUCUGUGGUCCUGCGGUUGUUCUCUUCAGCCUCACAGGUGAGUAGAGAACUAGUCCAGCACAAGCCAUUAUUUGAAAUGAGCACCAGUCACUAUUAUUAUUAUUAUUAUUAUUAUUAUUAUUAUUAUUAUUAUUAUCCCGCCCAUCUGGUUGGGUUUCCCCAGCCACUCUAGGCGGCUCCCAAUCAAGUGUUAAAAACAAUACAGCAUUAAAUAUUAAAAACUUCCCUAAACAGGCUGCCUUCGGAUGUCUUUUAAAAAUAGGAUAGCUGCUUAUUUCCUUGACAUCUGGUGGGAGGGCAUUCCACAGGGUGGGUGCCACUACUGAGAAGCCCCUCUGUCUGGUUCCCUGUAACCUCACUUCUCGCAAUGAGGGAACCGCCAGAAGGCCCUCGGUGCUGGACCUCAGUGGCUGAACAAUGGGGGUGGAGACACUCCUUCAGGUAUACAGGACUGAGGCUAUUUAGGGCUUUAAUUGCUCAGCAGGCCAUUUGGACUGGAAAUCUAAACGUUAUUGUUAUUAAUUUCAUUGCUGUACCACUUUAUACGUUAAAGAAAAAUCAAAGCGAUUUACAACACAUUAAAACAUCAAAUAAAACAAUUCAGAGUAAAACAAAUUUAAGCUUCAAGGGCAGUAUUUAGAUUCUUCUCUAAAGUGACAUUUUGCUUUCACCAUAUUUAGUUACCUACUUAAUUUAUAUAGCUGUCCCAUAACAGAAGUAUUCUAGUUUGUCUUCAUUUGAAGUUUGGAUACUACCUUGGUCUCUAGACCUGUUUUGAGUCUGUCUUGAAGACAGUUAUAUGGAUGAAAGCUGGUGUGCAUGUUUUGAACUCUAUUUGGAGUUUCAAGUUUGAACUCCCUCAGGUUUUCUGAGGGUUAAAAAGUAUAAACCAUAACUGUAAUGCAAUAUCUUCCUUGAGAUUUGUGAUAUUGGAAUGAUCUUUUCUGACAUAAAUUUCUGUUUGAUGUUUGAACAUCUGCUUGCCCUUUAUUUACACUUAAGAUGCAAUAUAGAUUCUAGUGUGAAGUGAGGUCUACUUUAGUGAAAAUCAUUAUUUUACUUCCUCUGCCUCUUUUCUUCCCAGGGUAUAGCUGAUUCAGGCAGUGAUGCAACUGACAUGAUUAAAUUGCUUUUCUUAGAUUGCUAAAUAAUUGCACUGUAAUGCUGGGCAGCACCUGCUUAAGAUGUUAGUAGCCUCGGAAAUUGAAUCUAUUUCUCCAAGUUAUCUGGGUUCCUGUUUUCUAAUCAAAAAGUAUUCUAGACCUCAGAAUAUUUACCUCCUCCCUUUCUGUAAGCCAGAAAAUAGGGCUGUUGCUUUCACAGCAGGGGAGGAAGGGAAAGGAGAAUGUUAGCCGCUUUGAGACUCCUGAAGGGGAGUGAAAGGCGGGAUAUCAAAUCCAAACUCUUCUUCUUCACUAAAAUUAAAUGGGACAGGCUUCAUACAUUCACUAGUGUAGAGUCCAUCUGUCCCCUGUCCAUCUGUCCCCUCCCCACACAUAAAUCUCUGUUGACGAUAACCAACUGCUCCACUAGGGUGCAGCAGUGCUUAUUAAAAAUAAUUCAAUUGUAGCUGGUCUUUAAUGACACUUUCUUAAAUGGCUACUUUCCCUAUAAGAGACAGUAAGCCUCUGCAUACAGUUAUUGGGAAUCAUAAGCAGAAGGAGGGUUGUUGCACUUCGUCUUGCUUGUAGGCUUCUUAAAGGCAUCUGGCUAGCCAGUGUGAGAACAGGAUGUUGAAAUAGAUGGGCUUCUGAUCCAGUGAUGGUGGCACCAACAGGGCCUCACUUGUCCAUUAUAAGAUCUGAGAUGGUUGAUAUUGGGGGGUUGUUCUUUUCGGUACUUGGUACUGUCUUCAAGGGCAGCCCCACAUAAUAGUGUUUUACAUUAGUCUAUACAGGAGCAUAGACAACUCAGGUAAGGCUAUUCCAAUCUAGGAACAAUUACAGCUGGUGACAGAGUUUGAGCUGGGCAUAAACACUCCUAGCUACAGAAGCCACUUAAGACUCCAGUGAUAAGUUGGUCUCCAAGUGUACUUCCAGUCUACAAACGUCUUUCUUCAGAGGAAAGGUCUGUGGUACUUCCUCCUCCUUAACAUCCAGAUAUAUGGGUGGGGUAUAAAUAAUAAAUUAUUAUUAUUAUUAUUAUUAUUAUUAUUAUUAUUAUUAUUUACUUACCUGCUAAGGCCUUCAAGAAUAGAAGGUUGAAGGGUGAUUAUAGACAAUAAGAAUGUAGUAUUUAUAUAGCACUCUUUCUAAGUGCUCCAAGCACUCUUAAAUCUGUGUUGUUAAAGAAAGCCAGUUCCAACAUACAGUCCUCUCCGGGAGAAUUAUUAGCAAGUAUUAAUGACACCUGAGUGUUGGGUCCCAUUAAAAUUGGCUGUUGCUCUGUAUUCAGUAGGUUUUGCAAUAUCAUAUUGGUCUCAUUGGAAUUCCUCAUUGGGGAGAAGAAGCCCACAACAAGGCCUCUGUGGAGAAACACAAGUUGCCAGGCAGCUCCUGAGUACAUUAAGAAGAUGCUUGCCAGUAAUCUGUAGCAGUAGCAGUGCCUCACAAAGCAAUUUGUGCUGCACUACCAGGGAAUGAAAGCAUUUGCCAAGUUCAGUACUGGCACCACUGUUUUGUAUGACAGUUGUCAAAUACCUUCAUUUAGCUGAAGUAUUAUUAUUAUUUUAUUUAUUUAUACCCCACCUUUUCUCCUGACAGGACUCAAGGCAUGGGAAAAGUAUGUGAAAUAUGUGUAGGCUUGCUCCAGGGACUCUUCUACCAUUCAGUGAUGGUUGUAAUAUGUGUGUAAAUAAUCUUGCCUGCUUUUAUCAGUGAAAUUAUUGGAAUUUUUUUUUUAAUAAAAGAGCCAUGUCGAAAGUCUUGCAAUUCAAACAGAAAACUCUUUUGUGAAUAGUUGCAUUACACAGUUGUAGUUUAUGUAAGCUAUGAGAACUUGGAGGAUAGAUUACAGAGCUUUUGUAUAGUAUUGCAGUGGCAGGUUGCAGGAACUAGCUUAAAAAUAUUUCUAGCCUAUAGCAUAGAACUUUGGUAUUCUAUGAGAAGUACAUCUAUAUUAGCACAAUAAGCUGGGUGCAGAACAUCUCUUGCUGUAUGUUUUAGUGCUUCUCUGUCAAAGGGUUGUCUUUUCUACGUUGUGAGAAAUCCAUGGCAGUGCUACAAGAUAAUGGGAAAAAUCAAUAUAGAACUGACCUCUUCCACCACAUCCUCUUAAGGCACGAGGGAGGGAGACUGGCAAACCCAUAUGCGCCUUCCUUAGCCUCACAAGUAAAUGAGGGCAAUCCCAUUGAUUUCCAAGCAGUUUCUUAAAUGUACUUAUAUGUAACACUAUAUUUUUAAUAUUUUUUUGGAAUCCAGCAAAAUUUGUUUAAAAAUACAUCCAAUUGGGUUUGGCUACUGUUCUCUCUGUACAAGUCUUUCAACAAAGGUCAAUACUUCUUCAGUGUCGUCAUUGAUAGCUCUUCCCAUUUUUCUACGUUACAGUCUUAUCCCUGUUGGGUUUACAACCAUCACUGCAAUCUUACAUUUCCUAAGCCACAAUACCUCUGGGAAUUUGCUUUUAUUUUACGUUCAAAUUGCACUUUGAAUACUUUCUAAAGAGAACAUUGAUGUGAUGAUUUCAAAUUAAUUGCAGUGCCUCAUCUUGAGCUAGUUGCUGUUAUUUGCACUUUAUAGGCAGGCAAGUAAGUUUGAGAGAGAAUAAAUUAGGAGCAUGGUAGGUGAGUAAAAAACCAAAUGCUUAGCUUGUAGCCUGUUUUCCAUCCUGACUGUGGAGGAGGGGAAUCUAUCAUGGAAACACCUGCUACCAGCCUCAUAGGCUAGUUGCUUUUAUAGACUUAUAAGGUUAGUCUCGCACUACUUCUAGUUUGUCAUGGUGUCCAAAUUAGCAAACUAUGAUUAGUACUUCUCCCCAUCCCCUGCAAAAAAACCAAACAAACAUGAAUUAGAAUUAGUUUUUUUCUGAUUCUGUUUAAGAAAGUGAUUAGGGUUGCCAAGUUGUUGCAGCAAACUAUUCUGAACACUGAACAGAAAAUAAAGGUGUAAGAAUAGAAGAGGGAAUAAAAGAGUCUCUGGCACAUCCUCAAUUGUUUAGAAAGAUCAUCUGAACUGAGUAAUUUAGUCUACAGCAGAUUUUAAUUCAGAAUUCCUAUCCAAGCCCCCUGUUAUUAUAUUUUUAAAAUGCUUUGAUAAAAUCACUGAUCUUCAUAUGAAGGGCUUGAUGGAACAUAUUUAGCAUAUAUCUUCUUCCCUGAAUUUUCUGGGUGUAUGGUUUUUUUGGCGGAGUGGGGGGUGACAGAUCAUGGGAGCAUGCAGGUUGUUAAUACAGUGGUGCCCCGCAAGACGAAUGCCUCGCAAGACGGAAAACUCGCUAGACGAAAGGGUUUUUCGGUUUUGCGUUGCUUCACUAGACGAAUUUCCCUAUGGGCUUGCUUCGCAAGACGAAAACGUCUUGCGCUUUUUUUUAAAGCCUCUUGCAGAGGCGCGGUUGCGACGGACCGUGCUUCGCAAGAUGAAAAACAUCGCAAGACGAAAAGACUCGCGGAACGAAUUCUUUUCGUCUUGCAAGGCACCACUGUACAAUUUGACACAUUCCCAAAGCCAUCCUUGUCUGUUUUAAAUUGUUCAGCACUACCAUUGUUGUCCUUUGUCAUGUUAUGCAUGAAGAACAUGCAGAUGAUAAUUGGGGAAAGUUAUAAACUUUUACUUUUACCCGUUCGUUUUGAUUGCUCCCAUAACCAGUAUUCCUUGGAGUGAAUGACCUCCUCUGAGUCAGUAAUAUGACAGAGUAGUGACAGUGGUGGCUGUGGGAUCUAGGAACUAUUCAAUAGUAAAGGCAGAACUAAUAAGAACCCUACAGUCCCAUGCUCUUCACUCCUUCCCUAAUUCUCCCCGUAUUAAUUCCUUAGUCCUCUCCUUUGUGUUUAGAGUUAUUUCUGAACUGGUGUAACCAUAGUUAUCCUUUAAACCAGAGAUUUGUUUAAAGUUUCCGAGAGUGCUUUCAGUCUCUGGUUUAAAGGCUAUGGCCAGUUCAAGUGUAGCUCUAAAGCAUAAUUAAUACAAGAAAGGAUGAUGAACUUUGCAUGGGCAGAGCUUCAAGGGAGGGGGUAAGUGUGUGAGCCUUUGAUCCACUAGUGAUCAUUCAGCUAUGGUUUUGCAACCAGUGUGGCAUCUAAACGUCAUUGUUGCCAUCCAUCUGUCUUGGGAGACAAUGGAAGAGUGCACCUUUGGGGUGAGGUCAAUCUGUUGGAAUUCAGGCACCUGGCCUGUUGGCAUCUGAACUGUUCCUGUGUAUAAAAAUCUUCACACUUAUUACAAUUACUAACAUUUGAAUGCUUACAAGGAUUAGGAAAUGGCACUUUUGUGGCUUUGGAUACUGCAGCCUUUGGAUAUUCCAUUGAUGGGAUUCCCAAGCCACUAGUUUCUGUCUGGGGAGGGGUGUCAAAGAUUACUAAAAGAACAGUUGUAUUACAGAUUGCCUUGAGAGGUGAUUCAGUAGUUUUAACAUGGAGAUCAUGCAUAUGACAACUACCAUAAUAGCAGCAAUUCCUGCCUUUAUAUUUCAGAUUAAAACUCUUGCAAAUGUGUGGCUAACAUUUAGAGGAAAUGAAGUGUGUCCCCAGAUAGUGCUGGCGGCCAGGAGUUUGGAACCUUGAAACAAUGAAGUGAAAUUACAGAAGGUCAAAUGCUUCCAGAAUACACUAACAAAAUUGACUCUUUGUUCUGGAGAGAUAAUUAUGAAAUUGCAAGGUGGUGAAGUACAGUGUAGUGUGUAAUUCUGUGGGAAUAGGUGCUCAGCUUAUUUUCUACAUUAAACUACAAUAAAAUGAAAUAAACUCUUUGAGGGCAAUGUUGCUGCCUACAAACCCAUAGCUUCAGUCCAAUUUUGUUCACAUAAUUCCAUUAAUCCCUCUCCCCAUUUUACAAAAUACCUUGGAAUCCAAUCUGAGUUCAAAGUCUCUAGAGCUCAAGAGUGAUUUUUAUCUUUGUAAAUAAGCAUAAAUGGUUUCCCUUCGUAGACUUUCUAAUGACAGGUGCCAGAAUACUCUCAAAAUAUUCUAUGAGUGUUUCUAAUACCUAAUAGGGCACUGGGCCAGUAAAACAAUUAUAAUAAAGAGCUGGAAGAAGGAAGUGCUUGGGGUCUUUGCUUGGAAUUGCAAAAAGGUUUUCUGAAAAGUGUUCACUGGUAGCAUUUGCUUCAUAUGCCCCCCCCCUCCUGCCCACCCGAGUCUUUACAAUAAUUUUCAGCUUGCUUAACUUUCUUUUACUUUCCAUUUCCCCAUUUAUUAUACAAUCAUUUGAUUGUGCUAUCUGUACAGAAUGCAUAAAUUGCAUAUUUGUGCAUCUCCAUGUGCUUCAUUUUUAUUUAUUUUAAAAUGUUGAAAUAAAGGUUUCCAGGGUGUCUUACCUGUUUCUAUUGCACUUUGGAAUAUAGGUCAAGAGAAGGAAACGUUUUACUUUUUGUUCAGGGAUAACAGGAUUCACUGAGACCUGUGAGGGGUGGUGGUCAUUUUCUCCACAUUUUACAUUGUAUUUGAUAUUAUAAAAGGGAGCAGAAUUUAACCCCCACCUGUACUCUUACUGCUUCAAGUGGUUGUAUCAAAUUUAAUCUAGGUAUGGUAAAAAUGGCAAUGAUUUCUACAAUAAAUGAAGGGCAGAAAUUGAUUUCAAGGUGAGUCAUUCCACUUUUAAGUGAGUGAUUCCCCUCUGUGUGUAUAUAACAUGUAAAUGUACAUAUUUGUAUGCAGUGUAGUACAAGCAGUCUAGCCUAACUCAAAAUUACUACUAGAUGAUGUCAACACUCUAUUAUGGAAUCUGAUCAGUUGUGAGGGCCUCGGUUUGUAUGGCAGAAUACACUUUCAGCCCUAUAUGAUGUGGAUAAAGAGUGUGUGCCUACUGACCCCAUAAUACAAAAAGUUGCUUGUAAACUUUACUGUAUAUACUAUAUUUCCUGUCAAGUAUUUCACAUCAAGUUGUAAUCCAAACAUCUCAGAAUUUCACAAGCCUUUCUCUUUUUCACAUUCUUUUCCUAUUCGCUUCCUCCUUGCUGUUUAUUGGUCUUGUACUUUCCAUUAUGCUUAUGUAGACAACUGUCUAAAGAGAUUACUCUAAUAAUUUGUUUACAAGACUUCCAUUAAACACAGUUUAUUGCUGGCUCUACAGUUAGGCUCCCAGAUAAUCGCUUUCAAUGAAGCAAGUUGCUUUAAAGAUAUUUAGUAACUGUUAUAAUCUAGUUUUCUUUCCUGAUGGAACCUGUUUGUAUAGCUUUGUGCUACGGUGAACCAAGAUAAUCUGAUGUCUAUUAAGCCAAAGUAGUUUGUCUGUUUUUGCCUGUAGAAUUAUGGUGGUUUGAAAGGCUACUCUAUUACAAUUGCAGCUUUAAAAUCAUGCAUAGUCACAAGGCUCUCACAGUGGCCAAACCCACUUUCACCCGCCUCUGGUAUGUAGCACUUGAUGUGUUAGCCAAGAUUCAAUGUGGCCCUGAGGCCAAGAAAGGUUAUCUACUUUGUGUUAUAUUCCAUCUGUGAAGAAAGCAUUUAGUCUUCUCUUGAUGCAAAAUUAACAAUUUUAGUCUGUCCAGUAACUAUCAGACCUUAGCCUAAGCCUAGUCAAAUGUCACAAACAUUUCAUUUUUGUUUACUGCUUUUUGUUGUGAGAUUAGAACUGGGACAAAGUAGGGUGAAGCUGAAAAGAACAACACUAGAAAAACAGAAGGAACAACUACAAUAUGCAAAGUCCUCUAUUCCCAUACUUCACCUCUGAAUAUCAUGGCUGCUGGUUUUAAGAAAAACCCUGUAUGCACAUAAUGCUCAGCCAUGGUUUGUUAAACAACAAGUUAAGUACAGGUUUCCCCACAGUCCAUCAAAUCAUGACUUGUUUCUCCAAAAUUUGUUCUGUUUUCCUACUGCUUGUACAUUAUAACUCUAUGACAUUUAGGGUGGAAUUACCAACCAAAUUGUUAAGGAAACUUAUCUAGGCAUGCUUUGUAAGCAAACAGAACCUGGCUUGCCUAUAACGUGAACCAGGUCUAGAUGGGAAUAUUUUGAGGACCUUCCCUUUAGCCGGGUCCUCAGUGGCAUUAGGAAAUAGUCACUGCAUCACUUGUUGAUCCAGUAAAUUGAGAUGCUUUCCAAACAGCUAUGGAGGAAACAUGUAUUAGGAGAAAUAAAACUGCUUGCAUUUAGAAAGUUGCUUAAUGAGUAUAAUUUCUAGGUAAUUUGAAUAAAAUGUUCCAAUCAAAAUCUCCACUGAACUGUUCGUUAACUUGAAAUUGAGUAUCCAAUGUGUAAAAGGCAGUUGAUCAAAUAAUUGGUUAGAUUCAGGGGCUAACUUCCAGUUAGGAGUGUUUCCAGUAUAGACAUUUUUCCUUCUGUGCCAGUUUUACUAGUGGCCCUUUCUGCUUUUUCUAUAAGAAGAUGGUAACCUGUAGCACAUAGGUUACAUAUGAACACCCAAGAUUUGAUUUGAUUUGAUUUGCAGCCCAAAGACCCCUCUAAAUUUUGUCUUUCCCCCAAAUUAAAAAUUAAUUGUUUUAGCUGCAUGUAUAUCUGUGUGGGCUAGAAAAAGACAAUACUUUUCUUGUACAGUAAGCAGAGAAUACAUAAUCUGUUGUGCGGUGCUGUGUGUUUGUGUGUGUUUGUAUGUGUGGGAGGGAAGGAGGACCAAUUAUUUUAAAUGUCAUGUGGAAGAGAACAGGACACCAAAACACCUUUAAUAUUUGCAAGGUUUUAUGCUUGGGGGCAAUAUGGUUUAUCUAUUUGAGUAGGGAAGUCCUGAGUACAGGCCUACCUUGGGUUACAGACACUUCAGGUUGCGUGUUUUUGGGUUGUGCACCAUGCCGAACCUGGAAGUACCGGAACAGGCGCAGACACGGCACUGUGGGUUGCGAACGUGCCUCUUGCACGGAUCACUUUCGGAACCCAAGCGUCCACUGUACUGUGGUGAUCCUUUGCUAGUUUUUCCCACAGGUUGGUAUAUGGAUGAACCUGCACACUUCAUUUAAACCUUUUCCCUCUGUACUUUUUUGUCACUUUCCAUGCACCAGAAAUACUAACUUGUCUAUCCCAGGAGAGGAGAAUUGCCCAUCUGUAAAAUGUCAGGGAACAUAAUAACAAUAGAUUUGGGCUUAUUUUCAGAGAGAAGCAGAGAGAAACAGUCAUGUAGGGUGAGGUCCUCAGACUAUUUAUUUAUUUCAUUUCAUUUCCUUCCCUUCACCCAAAAGUCCCAGGUUACAGCAUCAAAAACUAUUUUAAAAACCCAUCUCUUGGCACUUGCCAAGGCCCAUUGCCCCCCCCCCCCAAAGUUGAGGACCCCAGCAGUAGAGGAUGCACAUGGGUUUGCCUGAUAAUUGAUGCCAAUUUCAUACAUAUAGUGAAGUGAUGUACAUCACUGCUACUGGGGUGUUUAGGUUGCAUAUUUGUGGCCGCCAAUACAAAGCUGCUUUACUAGAAAUUGUCAUAGCUUCUCAGCGAUUUCCUAAUUCGUUUCUCUGUUCACUUGCUUUCAGAUUCUCACAAACAUAAAGAUAAACACAAAGACCGGGAACACAGACACAAAGAGCACAAGAAGGACAAAGAGAAAGAUCGAGAGAAAUCCAAGCACAGUAACAGGUGAGAUUGCUGGCUGUUGUCAGCAGGUUUCUUGUCCUGACGUGCAAAACUAGGCCUGGAAACAUGUACCGGUUGCAAGAUUACAGUCUGAGUGCUUGUCAGCUGGCUAGUGGGGAGGUGGCAUGCAUUGAACUUGCUUCAUGUGAUCCCAUCUGAUUGGGCUAUUGGCAUACUUCUCAGCUGUUUCCAGCCAUAGCUGGGGGAGAUGUGGACAUGAUGCAAUCUCAGAGAUUGGCUAGCCCAGUCAGGCUGUUGUUGGUCAGAUAGUAUUGUGUCUACUAUGCCAAUAAGUACAUUGGCUGGCCUAAGUGUUGUGCAAGGCAAGAAGCCUGCUUUAGUCACUUUUGUUCACAUACUCUAACUUUGCAGGAGAUGCAGGCUAGUUCACCACAAAUUAAAACCAAUAGUGCUUGCUCUUGAUAGGCAUAGCUGUGCUUUGGUACUGGCUUCCUUUCCCUACUUCAAAGGUCUCCACAUAAAUUGGUGGCCAUUCUCAUUGGAACUCUUGUUUUAAUAAUCUUCCUGAGUCAUAAAGUGACACUUGAAAUGGUAAAUUCAAGACAGCUAUUUUUUACUGUUUGGGGGUUAACCAAGUUACAUGUAAGUUAAUGUUACUGAGGUUAAAACCUGUGAAUAGCUUCCAGAUAUCAAAUUAUGGGGCUGCCAUUCUAUGGUAUAUUUGACUGCCCCCCCUUUCAUUCACAUAGCCUUAUUUUGUACCUAAACAGUUACACAAAUUUAACCUUUUAACAAAUUUAACACCUUGAUCCCUUUUGUGCUUUUUUCUAAACUUGAAUACAUUUUAAUAAACCAUUUCAUUUUCCAAUUUGUGAUAGAUGGGAGAUAUUUCUGAGCCAACAUAACUCCAAAACUUACAACAUUCAUAGACCUUGGAGGCAGAGGCUGUAAAUGUCUUAGCUAAGCUGUUGCACACUUAACUGGUUGCUUAAAUCCCAGCAAUGCUAAUUAACACACUUUGCAGGGAAUGGGGGUGGUAUUUCACCUUGUGCUUCCAAAUGUUGCUAAAUUGUUGUGAAACUCUCUUCUCUCCUCCACCCACAUUGUAGUGUUUACAGCCUUUUAGAAAGGGACUUUUUGCAUGGCAUAAUGCAAAACCUGCUUGGCUUUUGGCUCAUUAUUCUGAUGUGUUUCUUUUUUAUAAUCUCAAUCACAUUGCAGGCUUCCAAAAGAUAAGAUAUAUAUCUUAGAAGGCGAGCAAAAAAACUCAGCCAAAUGGGUGGAGUGUAAAUAAAUUAUUAUUAUUAUUAUUAUUAUUAUUAUUAUUAUUAGUGAGAACACAGUGGAUAAAGGGUAGACAGUGCCACAGGCUGUAGCACCUGUAGCACCUUAUUCAUCAUGCACAUGUUUACUUGUGUCCAUUCAAUGAAUCUUGUGUGACAGUUCUGCCCAAGUGAGGAGCUCUUGGUUAGAAUUUAUAUGCAGACAAAUUAAUUAUGGUAUGUAGAGCUUUUCAAGUAUGAUUGCUUAGUAACUGUAUUCAUAUUUUAUGGUUUCCUAAAACUUAGAGGCAUUUUAAAUGAACAUAUUUAUAUACCAAUCACCUUAUAUUCAUUAUCUGGCCACCUAUUCAUGAUGAUUUCCUAAUACAAUACUUUGGCUCUUUCUAGAAGGCACGCUGUGCCCCUUUACCUGAUUCAAUUCAGUAGUACAUACUUCUGAGUAGACACAAUAAAUUGCCUUGUCCCAUCCAAGCAUGCACUGUGUAAUGUGCACGAUUCAAUUAUAAUAGAUUCAUUGAGAACAUAAUAUUUGCAAUUUGAAGCACUUCAUGUGCCAGAUCAGGAAGUGUAUACUGAGAUGACUCCCCUGUGUGUCGAGGGGAUCAAGCAUAUGAGUGUAUCCUGCCUCUUAUGCCGCAGAUCGCCUAUAUGGGGGCUCAACGUGAACUGACUACAUAACUUGGAUCAUGCAUUUAAUUCAGAAUUUUUUCUAGGAUAUUGCUCUUGCAAUCUUGGCCCAUGUGCUUUAGGGUUGGAUUCAUGUUCCAUAUUUAGAAGAUGUCUGGUGAUGUCUGAGGAGGUGGUACAGGCAUGCUGAGAGGGCAAGUAGGGGAGGUGCACAUUCCUCACUUUGUAUAACAUGAAUAUGGUAAAUCAGUGAAGAAAUUCUGUCACUUUUUCCAUUCUUACUCCUUUUGCGUUUUGAAAUCACAUGCCUCCCAUGUUUUAUCUCAUAAAUAUACCUGUGUUCAGUCCUACCCUAGGGAGGGAGGGAGGGAGGGAGAGAGAGAGAGAGAGAGAGAGAGACCAGAACUCUAUGUCAGGAGUUGAAUUACUAGAACCUGUAUAAAUAAAAGACUUUAUAUACUAAUAUUAAAACCUCAAACUUGGCUCGGCAGCAAAUCUUCCAGUGCUCAAGCAGUGUCUCUGCUUACAUAGAACUCUGUAGCAUACACCCAUGUUAGGGAGGCAGGUUGCUGAAUUACACUUAAUAUGAUCUAGGAAGUGGGAAAACUGGCCAAAGGGGCAGGCCUAAUUCCUGUAGAAUGGUUUAGGCCUGCAUAAGGUGACGUGUAAGAGAUGAUCAGGGGCAAACCAGAGUGUUUGGGCUAGCCAUAUUGAAGUUUUGGUGGGGUGGGGGUUGCCUUGGUACUAUAGCUGUUUUCAUACUUAUAAAAUAGUUCCAUUAAGGGAGCAAAAAUUAUUUAUUACAAUUAUACUGCAGCCUUCAUCCCAAAGGAGCCCAGCCGACAUUCAAGUUUACUUGAAUUUAUUAUUGUUUCUGGAUUAAUCUUCAUGCUUUUAAAUCCAACAUAUUGGAUCCAACAUCCAAUAUCUUUCAGCCCAAAGGCAACUUGGAAAGCAGGCUGGUGUACAAAGGAAAUGUAGCAAAAAUGUAGGGCUUCUUAGUAGAGAGUAUAAAGUUGCAGGACAUAAUAUUCAGGUAACUCACAUCUUACUCGAGAUUUCAGUUCUGGGAGUCCACGCCUAAACACAGAAAUGUAUGAAGCCGGGAGCAACCCCCUCCUGUGAGAGGGCUGCUUACUCUGCUUUGUGAAGGCGGUGCAAGGGCUCUGGCAGCGUCCCAGAGCCCUUCCACUGCUUCCCCAAAAUCUUGUAAGCCUGCAAUUGUAGCUGUGCACAGGUGGCCAGGGAAGAAUAAAUAAAUAGGGAGCAGAGGGAAUGGUGGGUUUCCUCUGCUUUCCAUUUAUUUAUUUAUUUAUCACACACACUUACACACACCACUGCAAAAGCAUAAGUAUAAUAUGUGUAAGUUGAGAGUUACCUGUAGGUAAAAAGGUAAAGGACCGCUGGAUAGUUAAGUCCAGUCAAAGGUGACUGGUGUGCAGUGCUCAUCUUGCUUUCAGGCCAAGGAAGCCGGUGUUUGUCCACAGACAGCUUUCCAUGUCAUGUGGCCAGCAUGAGUAAACCGCUUCUGGUGCAACAGAACACCGUGAUGGAAACCAGAGUGCAUGGAAAACCCAUUUACCUUCCCGCCUCAGUGGUACCUAUUUAUCUACUUGCAUUGGUGUGCUUUCGAACUGCUAGAUUGGCAGGAGCUGGGGCAGAGCAACAGGAGCUCACUCCGUCCCAGGGAUUUGAACCGCCGACCUUCUGAUCGGCAAGCCCAGGAGGCUCAGUGGUUUAGACCACAGUGCCACCCACAUCCUGUAAUGUAAUUCAGCUCAUUGGAGUGCUGAUGGGGGUGUUAACCUGGAGAAAGAAUUUUAGCUGGUAUUUUAUCUAGGGCCUGUAACUAUUAUAAUCAGUUUUGGUUUAUAGCAGUCUAUAUGGUUCUUUAUAUAGCUUGCUGAAAGUCCUGUGCUGGUUCAAGAUAAUAAAUAAGAAAUAAAUGUAUUUAUUUGAGUCAGUACAAUACAUAAGUGCCACAAGGAUUAGGCUCAGAGUGGCUUGCUAUGUCAUAUUCAGUGCAGGGUUUUUUUUUGGGGGGGGGUUAGUUCAUCUCAAAACAAAAAGCUACGUCUUAACUCUAGCAAUGCCAUUAAUGUUUGAGCAAUUUCCAGAGAGUACAGUGAUGCCUACUUGAAGGAAACACUUCCUGAAGGAAUAGCUGUGCAUCAAUCUACUAAUAAAGUAAAGUGCUUUUUGCAGAGGUUUUUUUUUAAGUACAUCUCAGAAUAAAUCAUCAAAAUACUUUGCUUCCUGUGAAUCAAAUCAAAAGCUUUUAUGAAAACAAGGAACAUGGAGCAGAAACAGAUGCAAACACUGAGUAAAACACUUCAUAGGAGCAAAAAUAACGUUUUCUAACUCUACCAUGCUUCUCCACACGUAAUUGGCCGAAAGAAGCUUUCAGAUUCCUGUGCUGAAUCUGAGUCCUCCACUUUGGUGGAUCACAGAAUAGAGUAGUGCCUCCCUGCAAAAAGAACCACCUCUAAUUUUCAGUCUUUACACCAGUUGCAUGUUGUCUUAUGCACUCUGUCGGAAUAAGAAUUCUGUAGGCAACACUUAAAAACCAGGUCAUUAGACAUCAGGCUAUUAAGGCCCUUAUAGAGUUGUUUCAAGGAUAAAAUGAAGGAGGGGAGACCAGGUAUGCUGCCUUGACCAACUUGGAGGAAAGGUGGGAUAUAAAUAUAAAAUAAUAAAAGUUGUGAUCCCAGCUCAGCUAUGAGUGAAGACUGAUUCGUGCAACAGUCUCUAAACCUGAUUUGUGCAUAGACUUGAUCCAUCCUUCAUGAUUCAGAGGGGAAGCUACGUAAUGCAGCUUCGGUGGCAAGCUGUGAGCUGAUGUUUGAAGGGAACAGAGUGUCCUUUACUAUGAUCUAGCUGAAGGAGAGGCUGUCAGGAAACAACUAACUAUUCAUUAUCAUCCUGCCCCAGGCUGAGGAGUAAAAGUAGCUGCAACACACUGCUGUCCUACAUCUGGGAAGAUAACUGUGUUACACUAGGGCAGGCUUCCUCAACCUCUGCCCUCCAGAUGUUUUGAGACUACAAUUCCCAUCACCCCUGACUACUGGUCCUGCUAGCUAGGGAUCAUGGGAGUUGUAGGCCAAAAACAUCUGGAGGGCCGAGUUUGAGGAAGCCUGCACUAGGGCCAGUUGCUUUGCCUACUAGAGAAGGUAAGCUUUCCGAAAGGGUAGUCUGUGCCUGUUGGCCAGGUUGAGAAUUAAGCAAUGAAUGCAGCUGCAGUGUUCUCUUCUUGGAAAAGGCCAAAGUAAUUUUGUACGGUAACUUGCCCUUUAAGCUUACCUACUUGUUCUGAACCUUGGUGGAAGAAGGAAUUCUAGAGCUUGCGCAGGAGAAUCAGGGCUGGCCCUACCAUUAGGCAGAGUGGGGUUGCUGCUUCGGGUGGUAGAUGCUGAGGGACAGCAUUCCCCUGUUUGUGCCAACAGCCUGUCCUGAAUCCUCUCAAUUAGCAUGUUGCCCUCAAGAGCCAUGGAAGACACUGUCCUAUUACCACUGAUAGAUCCAGCUGCCAAUCUCCUUGGCUUCUGUAUGUAGAACGGGGGCUUUUUGCCUCAGGCACUAAAACACCACCUUAUUAGUUGUUAGGUGAACCAUUUUUUUGUGCCAGCAGGAGAUUACUUGCACAUGUUGAACAUGCUUUUUAAAUAAAGGGCUGGACUGCAGUGUAGAUUUGAGUCAACUGUAUUGCCUGAUCUCAGGCUGACUUAUGGUCCAGGUUGCUAUCCCCAUAUCAUCCAUUUCCCAACUGUCAAAUAGGGGAAAUUAUGUCCUCUCUUUCACAGGAUGACAAUUUUUUUAUUUUUUUAUUUUUUAUUUUGGCACAUAAGCUAGUUUACCAGUCUUAUUCAUAACAAACAGGCAUUUAAAAUGAGGGCUUAUGUCUUGAUGUGAGGUGCUCCAAAUAGUUCUUGUCUGAUUACAAAACGAUAUUAAGUUAAAUGACACAUUUGCUUACCUUCAUUUAUUAGAGGCUGUACUGGUCUGUGAGUUUUUUUCUUCAGAGACACAUACCAUUUUUUGGUGGUUUUUUCCCUAUUUUCUGCUGUCAUGCAAAUUAAAUCUCUUUUUUUCUCUCCUGUUGCGAAGUUUGCUUGUGGUGACAUUUCAUACGUGUAUGUUCUCUAAAUAGGUAUUUGUUACCAGGAAAGUUCUUACUGUGUCUGUCUUUUUUACUUGUCAGUUUGUAUAGCUGUGGGGUGCAUGUGUUUGUGACUGAAGUAGGGAAACUGAUUGUAGUGCUGCAGGUGACAAGAAUUCAUAUCAGUUGUAUUUAAUACACCCAGGUAGAAGUAAUGAAAAAAAGAGCAGAGGAUGUUGUAGCAGUAGAAAAAUGUGAAGAAUCUUUAAUGUGCCAUGACAAAAAGCUGGCUAAAAAUUUGUUGUGUUCCUGCAAUUAAAAACUGUUACUUUUUGCUGGUGUCCAUGUCUGUUGGAGCACAGCAUAGUAGCAAUUAACCUCCAUCAUAGUGGCCAGGUUUUGAUGAUUAUCCAUUGUUUUAUAAACCAUGGUUUUAAGAGGUCUCUUCCCUUUUCACUAUCAAACACUCUGUUCGGUGCAACAAUCCUGACUUCAUUAAACCUAUUCCCUGUUGUACCCAAACUACAUCAUACAACUCUGGCUUAACAUUGGUUAAUAAACUAGCGUACUUAGCCAGGCUAGUAUUGAUCCUCUCUUAAUUCUUUACAGCACCUGUACAUUUCCCCCCUUUCUUUUUCUCUUUCUCUUUCUCUUUCCUAUUUUCUCUUUCUGUUGAAGCGCUGGGGUUGGGAACCUAUGGAAUGUGCAAGUUAUCUAGACAAUAAGCCAUGAAUGGGUAGGAAGAAGUAUAUUCUCUGUCCUCCAAGCAAGGAGCGGAUGACAUUUAGGCAUUCCUAAUUAGGCAAACAGACAGCCAAAGUCAGACCUGAUUAUUAGAUACGAAGUUAUGUAACUUAACCUUUUCAGCAUCAUUUUCAUGAAAGGGGGGGGGGUCACAAUUGCAUAAAACAAAAGUGAAAUAAAAAUACUGUUAGCCAGUUUAAGUUUGUUAGAUGUUGUAACAAGUGGGCUUUCCAUUUUAUGAAAGUUGGAAUGUUGAAAUAAAUUAUGUGGACCAAAAAAGGUUGGCCACUGUGGGGAACAGAAGAUUGUAUUAGAAAUUCCAUCUUUUUGUAUUUGGUAAAUAUUAUUUCUUUAUAUGUAGUGGUUCUUGUCUUAAAUACUUAAAUGAUGAAGUAUCUCAAAAAUCCAAAGAAAUUGCAUCCCAUUUUUAAAAGGACUAAAUGUUUUAUGGGCAUUUGGAGAAGGUAUAUGACACUGAAGGCUGGUAUUAUAUAGUGUUUAACCAGACCUGGGGAGACCCAGCUUCAAAACUCCACUUGGUCAUGAAGUUAAUUUGAUGAGCAUAGGUGAUCACUAUCACUUAGUCUAACCUUUUCAGAGGGGUAGUGAGCUGAAAUAUGGGGAGGUAGCACGUGCACUUGUUCUAUAUUGUUGUUGUUAUUUAAGUUUAUUAGAAACUUUUUCUUGUCGCAGGCAACUUAAAUCAGCUUUACAAAAAACAAACUAUACCAUACAUUCAUUAAAACCAAGAAAAAGUACUUUAAAAAUAUUAUUAGGAUAUGGGCGGAAUAAAAAUGUAAUAAAUAUAGUUGCUUAUUUGACUUUAUUGUGGUAUGUGUCUCUACAUUAGGGACGGAGAAUUUUCCAGAUUCAAGAAGCAGUAAGUCACAUUGGAAGGGCUUGUGGGAGCUGAGAAUCAAACCAUAAGAAAUAGAGUGGCACUAGCAAGUGGGAGGAAUGAAAGGGGAAUCCAGAGUACUUAGCUUGCAGAGUCAUUGAGGGGCAAGAGGGUCAGGAUAAUGAAGUAAGGAAACCUAAUGAGUGUAAUAGGAGAAGGCUGCAGUUGACUUCUCAAAAUGCAGUGUUGGAGUUCUCUAAGAGCUGCUUUCUUUAUCAUGUGCCUGGAUAUAAUAUAAUCACACAUGAGCCUUAAAUCUUUCGCUAGCAGGAUAUACCACAUCGUUAAGGGUUUUUCAACAAUUCAUCUCUGUAAUCUACAAGUUUAAUUCUGAUUAUUGUGGUCUAAGCAGCCACUGAAUAGUUAAUUGGGAAAUGGACCACUUUCUAAAGAGACUGGGUUUUGUUUUGAUUUUGGCAUUAGAAUAGAAUUACAGUGGUACCUCAGGAUGCGAACAGGAUCCGUUCCGGAGCCCCGUUUGCAUCCCGAAUAGAACAUAAGACACAUCUGCGUGGGUCUCGUUUCGCCGCUUCCGUGCAUGCGUGUGACGUCAUUUUGACUGUCUGCGCAAGCGGCGAAACCCGGAAGUAACGCACUAUGUUACUUCUGGGUCGCCGCAGAGCGCAACCCGAAAGCGCUCAACCUGAAGCGUAUUUAUCCCGAGGUAUGACUGUAGAGACAUACCAUUUUCUUUCUGAUGUAAUGAAAACCCAUCAUUUUUUUUAGCUUUAACAUACGUUCCAUUUGCUCUCUUCCCUCAUAAGUGAAACAGGCCAGUGGUGGGGAGAGGGAAGAAGUGAGACUUGGCGAAGGUCAUAUGGCACAAGUAUCAUUGGUUUCUAAAAUGCACUAACAGGAGGCGAAUGUAACUAGACAUGAAAGAACUCCUGAACUCAGUUUCUGGCUCUUCUAGUGACUGAAUUGAGUGAACCACAGCCCAUUGCUUAAAUGCUGUAUGCCUCUGUUUCUCUCGUCUAAUAAAUUUAUCAAUACCAAUAUGAGCCAUAAAUAUGAUGUUUGGUGUUAUAACUGCAGGGUUUGUCUUCUUUUUACCCCUGUCUCAGUAGGGGGACAAAUCCACUGAAGGUUCCAGUUAAUGUCUGCUGUUAAAAGCAUAAAUGCCAAGAUGUUAGUACUGGGCUUAAGGUGUACUAAACAGUGCACAUAUAUUGUUGAAACUCCUUCAGGCGAAAAUGCAUUAGUCUGUGGUGUCCCUGAGGCAUCUUGACUUUACUAUGUUCCUUAUUGCUACAGUUAUGUGAUUCUUCACAUUAAUAGAAAACUUUCUAGGGCUUGGCGUGUCAAUCCGCUUGGUCGUUGCUACCGAUCCUGUCCCAACUGACUCUUGUAUCUUCCAGUGAGCACAAAGAUUCCUCGGAGAAGAAACACAAAGAGAAGGAGAAAACCAAACACAAAGAUGGCAGUUCAGAGAAACACGACAAACACAAAGACAAACACAAAGAUAGAGACAAGGAGAAACGAAAGGAAGAAAAGGUACAGGAUGGUGGUGGGGCUGAAUGGCACUGCUUUGGACUGGGAUUUGUUGUGGAUAAAGACACGAGCAGCUUCACAUUUUUGACAUUUUUAAGCUGUUUUGCAAGUCAAAUCCCGCGUACAGUUUCAACAGAAGCUCAAGGCUAUGAGUAUAGGAGCUGUGGCAUUAGGUGUUAGAUGAUAUCACUGUGUGUCUGCUUAAAUGGCUGUUGUAAACUUGUCAUAAUAAAAGUCAUGUUAAACUUCAUAGCAGCUACAGGCCGAAUUUCAGCACAUGUUGUGUUCUACAAGAGGAGGGAUUCUGUAGGUAACUUGAUGCAGGAUAUUACAAACAUUGCACCGGUGCAGGUGCACACCUUAGCCCAGCCUUGACAGACAGAAGAGGGACAGACAGUACCUUGAUAAUUUUCCUACCCCAUCUGUUCAUGUCUGGGCAAAGUGCAUAAUUAUGCAGUGUAACAGUACAAGCAGAAGCCUUGUCUAAAUAAGCUAAGGAGUUGAUAGCAAAUUCUGCAGUUGUGGCCAGACAAAAGGAAAAACUUCGGGAGAACAUCUAGAUAGAUAGGAAAACAGCAGGACAGAGCACGUAUUUGGGAUUGGCCGGAUCCAAUAAUGCUGAAAGCGUUUCUGAGGAAUAGCUGGAAGUGCACUUGCUCCUGGUACAAGGGUCUUUUGUCAGUUACAUUUGAAUGCACAGGGAAGAUAUGACAGUGGUUUUUAUAGCUUACUAACCAGCUCUCACUUCUGUUUUCAGAGUAAAUCAUCUGGUGAAGUGAAAAUAAAGAAGGAAAAAGAAAAUGGCUUCUCCAGGUAUGCAGCUGGAGCCUUGUGUGAAGAAGACUGUUAGAUUUUUAGUUUUGACUUGUACCCAGAAGAUGAGUGGAAUUUUUCUCAGUGGGAUCCCUGAGACAUUCUGGGAUCCUCUUUUCUGUUGGCAUAAAGAAAACCUAAAACCAAAGAUGGGGAAGCUUUUUUGUGUUAAAAACCAGUCCAGCUAUAUGGACAGGAAUAAGAUUGUAAAGGAUUCUCUGAUGCACUUCUCUUUUUUAAUCCAAUGUAGACAUAGAACCUUCUUGGCCCUGAUAAAGACUCUAAAAUAACAUAGACUUUUAAAGUUGUUCCCUAUCAAUAUCAAACGCUCGGUGGAAGAACUGGGAAUUUAGGGUCAAACUAAAGUUGUUCCUCCUGUGCACUGUUUCUAAAACAGUAUUCAAGCAUAUAUAAACUGCUUGAUUCACAGUAGAAGAAAGUAAGGACCCCUCUUGGUAUUUCUAGGAACUGCCAUCUUAAGAAUGUAAAACCCGCUUGUCAAAAAGCCAGCAGCAGUUAUGCUCAGCAUAAAUACCUCGUGGAACUGACACCAGACUUUUCCACUAUUGUGCAGCCUGUUUCCAGCAAUCUCCUGCAUUUUGAUGCACGAUGCUGGAUUGAUUUAAAACACAGCCUUUAAAAUCUGCAGUGCCUUUGUACUUUAAAAUACUAGCAUUCCUUGCACAAGUUUUUUAAUCUGCUGUCUUGUAUUACCAGCUGAUCUUAUCUGUGUUAGAUAUUUGAAGUGGAAAGCAGAUCAGGCUACAUCUUUUUAGAAGAGAGAUGGCACUGCAGAAGGUGACCUCAUUGCUUGCAGUGUUUUGGGUUUUGUGCAGUUUGCACUGCACUGAAACAUCCAAGCAGACUGCAGCUCUAAGAUCUUUUGUAUUCCACAGAACGCAAUCUUCAUUGCAAAAUAGCUGCAGAAUUUUAGCCUUUGGAAAAAAUGUAUUUUUAGAGUCAGCUCAAUAAAUUAGCUUUCAGUGGCUGAAAUGUGGUCUCCUGAGUAGCUUUGUAAAGUGACUUCCAUCAAGAUGGCUCCUUUAGCAGCAUGCAUUUGUUCCCAGUAACUGUAGAGGUGUAUUUGCCAGCGCUGCUGAGUUUUUCCAGCUGUGAGAUCAGGCAGCGUGCAUUAGCAUGCUGCUCAUUCCUGAUAAACCAUGAUAAGGUAGGAAGUCUGGGUCAAUGUGAUGUUUGAACACAGCCACUUUUUGUUACAUUGUUUUAUAUGCUUUGACCCACCAUGGUUUUCACUGGAAGGGCAAGCCACAAAUUCUCUUUAAAUAUGAAUUACACCCCCACACACUGUACAAAAAUGCCAUGCAUACCUGUAGGUAAAACAAAAUAGAGCUAGUAAUUUAUAUUAUGAAAUAUCCCAAUAUCCAAUGUGUCAAUAUUGUAGAGAGAGUAGAUUUAUUAAAACAAUUUUAAAACUUGAAUUGUUGUAACUAAAAAGCAAUCAAGUAGUUUGAAUCUGACACAUCUUUAACACUUAAUACUUGCUAACAUCUACAAGUUUGUGUUCAGGAUUUAUAAUCCAUUGUCCCAUUGUUGUAGGAUUUUUUUCUCAUUUUUCUAUGCAGCCUUAAUUUAAAUCAGAGCUUCCCAAAAUGGUACAGCUGGAGGAAAAUGGAAACCUAGUAGGGUGUCAUGGGGGAGAGUUUGAGGAAACCAGCUAAGAAGCGGGGAGUUAUUUGUAUCCCCACCAGGGUGUUGGGAUCUACUUUCCAGCAUGUUUAUUUUAAUUUUGUUUUUUGCUGACACCAAAAUCUGGGGGGUUGGGGGGGCAGAACCCCACCAGCCCUGCAAUAUGGUGUUACAUUUUCAGUUUAGCUGAAACUGUAUGAAAGUCACACAUCCUGUUCAACUCUAAAUAUGGCAGGGAUAAUGAGAGAGUUCUCCUCGCGUGGGUUGAAGUGGUAGGUGAAGUCAGACUACAAGCUGAAGCUUAGUAUUCAUGUUCUUGACUAAAUAACUCAUUUCCUUUUCUCUCUAGCCCACCUCGUAUUAAGGAAGAAAUGGAUGACGAUGGCUACUACAAAGAAGACUAUAAGCCCCUAAAGAGACCCCGAGAGGAUGAUGAGUGAGUAGCUUGUGAACAUUACCUACAGUGAAAAGUGGGAAUAAUGGGACAUUUGGAUCUGUCUAUAGCAAGCAACUAUAGUAUCUUGCUAAGUCAUAACUCAGAAUAGACCCAUUGAAAUCAAUGGAUUUAAGGGCUUAAGUUCUUUUGCCCAUUCCAGAUAUCAGUUGUCACUCAGACUUCAUCAUGCCACUCAGUGAAAAGUGAAUGCUUUUAAUUACCCUUGAGGGAGGACCGCAUUCUGGGGGUUUACCUUUUUUUCUAAUAGCGCAGUUUUUUGUUUGUUUUCAUUUUAUGUAAGCGGCCUUGAUCUUUUGAAAGGUAGCUGACAAAUGCUUUUAUAAAACAAAAGAAUAAUUAGUAAGACAAAAUGUUAAGGACCGAAUGAAUAGUGAGUGUUAAUAAUACUUUGUGAACCCCAGCUGUCUUCUAUAGUGAAUUGCCUUGAUCCUGCAAGGGAGAUGUUAAUACAGAAGCAACUGUGGACCUGAUGUGUGUAUCACAGUGCUCAUCUGGAUCCCGCUACUCCAUCUGGGACCAUUAGGUGCCUGGGAUUCACACUGGCAUCAGUCGUCCUACUAGUGUAACCCAUUUCUGCUGCAAAGGGAAUUUAAACUCUCCCCGCCCUCCGGUCCUGCAACAGCAAAGAGAAGAAAAGCGAUCAGUGCAAAUGAGGGGCAACAGGUUGCGUCAAAUACAAAAAUAGCAGAUUUUAUUUCUUGAUUGUAUUCUGCAGUAGCCAUGUAUAAUAUGGUGUCAGUGUGUGUGUAGCACAGGUAGAGAACUGGCAUUUGUCUACAGACGCUGGAAAGUAGUUACGUCUGUUCUUAGGGAAGGGGCUUCAGGAAAUGUAUAACUUAAAGUCAAGCAGCAGGUUUUAUCUGAGCCAUAGGAAUUGGGGUGUUGGUGCUUUUGGAAUGCAGGCUACAAGCAGCACAGCAGCAACAUUUGUGUGUGGAGGGUGAGAGUAAUAAAAUCCGGAACUGGAAAUAAAUGAUUUGUUUAAAAUUGUUGGAUCUGUUUCAGUGUCGACUACAAACCCAAGAAGAUCAAAACUGAAGAUAUAAAAAAAUCAAAGAAGCGGAAACAGGAAGAAGAGGAGGUUUGGUUGAAUUUAUAUUUUCUGGAUCUCUGGGGUAAUAACAGGUUGUGGAGACAACUGUGGAGAAAGAACGCUUUAUUUUGCUUAGAGUAUCCAGUUUAGCAUUCAUCUGAAAACAUUAACCAAAACACACACACGAUGUCUCGAUCUAGAGUACAUGUUAAGAUCAGUAUGUAGAGAUCGUGAUUUUUGGCUAGAUUCAUGCAGAGAGCAUACUGGUGGCUGGGCUCUGCUCACCACAAAGUUGCAACUCAUCCUCCAUCCUUAGGCUAAGUGGUCCUCAUCUCCUUUUUUUCUCUACAUUAUGCCCUUUCACUUCUGUAUAUGCCUCCUGUAUAUGGCUUUGCCAAUUUAUUUAUGUCGUACCAUGAUACACUCUGCAUGUUAAUUGAUGAUAAUUCCUUGCCACCGGUAGGAAACUGAAUAAGUAGUUUGAUUCAGACCAAGGGCCAUUUUUGUGAGAAGCACAUUUCAAAUGGUUUCUUACAAAAUUUAUUUGUUUUUAAAUGUAAGAGUAUCUUGUAAAACUACUCCCGGUAUAGGGUCUCUCUCUUUAAAAAAAUCUCUUUUCAGGAUAUCAAACCCAAGAAAAUAAAGAGCAAAGAUAAGAAGCCUCCUGAAGGAGACAUGAAGAAGAAGAAAACAAAAAAAGAAGAGGAGCAGAAAUGGAAAUGGUAACACACCUCUGAUAUUUCAGCCUGUGGCUGGCUGCUUCCUCUUACAUCUGAAAAAAUGCUGACUGAAAACUCUUUGUGGUUGGACUUCAAAGCUGCAAACAGGAUUAUCUUCCAUUUUAGAGGGAAAAGGAAAACCCCAGUUCGAGCUCUCAACUAGUUAAGGAUUUGUUAGGUUAAUAAUUGGCUUUCAAAUAACUGAUUUAUCAUUGGAACAAAAAUUUAAUAUCCAUUUUAUUAGAAGUCCUGAGGUACUGAAGUCAUAACCUUUGUUUCUUUUAUUAUUAGGUGGCAUGUCUAUCUGUUAUUAGAGGGAACGUUUAACGGUAGUUUUUUGUUUUCUGUUAAUAUCAAUUUCACUAGCAGCAAAAGUAUCACAAAAAUUAAGUGAAGUUUACAGCUAGCACUUUGCUGAUUUCAUAAAGUUAUAUUUGCUCAGCAAAAAUUGCCAGUUAGGAGCAGUGAAAAUGUUCGUUCAAAAAGCCCUCUACCUUCACGUAAGUACACUUUUUAAACACCUGCUCACAGCCACUGUUCAUUAUUCAUGAUGCUAUUGUUCACAGAGCAUCAGUCUAUCAAGGACUAUUAGCCCUUUCUCAUUUAUACCAGUUGCUGGGAAUCACAAGUGUGAACCGUGUUGCUGCAAUCUGGUUCUGCUUGUGGGUUUCCCAUAGACUGGAACAGGCUGGUGCUUUUAAUCUGAUCUAGCAGGGCUCUUAUCUUCAUUUUGUUCUUCCAGUUAGCAGUUGCUUAGACUAAGGGAGCGUGUCCCUGUUGCUGAGGUAGCCAGACCAAUGGUCCCUUGAAUUAUACUAGCAAGUGGACCCCCUCAGUCUACACCUUUUUACCAAGGGAUAGAAAACACUGCUGCAUCAUUUUAGAACAAGUGAAAUCAUAGAAUCUUAGAAUUGGAAGGGACCUUGAGGGUCAUUUUGUUGAACUCCUUGCAAGGCAGGAAUCUCAACUAAAGCAUCCAUGACAGAUGGCCAUCCAACUCCUGCUUAAAAAUUUCCAGGGAAGGUUUUUGAAACAUUCCUAUUUCCCAACCCCGCAAAAAAUAGCUUGGCACCUAAUUUUAAAGUUGGACUCUACUAAUUAAUCCACUGAAGCUUUAGUUGACGAAUCUUGAAGUUGAAAGCUUACCUCCUUUGAACCAUAAUAAUACUUUUUGUAGUUCUGCUUAUUUUCUUACUUUCCAAACUAGUAUGCCUUUUGCAAGAGAAUCAGUCUUUAUAAAACUUCAUGACUCUUGCUUUUGUGUUAAGAACAAUGCUGCUUAGCCUUCUUUCAAAACGUUAACCCUUACAGGCUGCAGUCCACAAACUAAACCAACCUUUUUUAGGCAUAUGCAGGGAUGUAAAGCUAGUCUUUUUUUUUUUUUUUUUUACUAACAUUCCUGAGCAUUAGCCUACCUCAUACCACAGGGAAUUUUAAAAGAAGCCUGUGAAAGCAACUGUCUAGUAUUGAAAAUUCAAGGCCUUACUCCAUGCAUGGCAUCCCUCCAUGCUUUUCUGGAUCAAGGCUGAUUUGAUCCUGAAUUUUGCUUAAAAUGGACACAGUGCUAACAGUCUCGUAAUGGUGUAUUGCAUUGCAAUCCACUUUGUACAGCAGUGUGUUUUGAAUAACUUUUUGGUGUUUGUUCUUUAGUUCUGUACUUUUGGCUAACCAACUCCCAGUGUUUCGAGAUACACUCCUUGGAGAGAGGCUGUGUCAACAAACUGAUUAAGUGAAAACAUUCCAGCAGAUAUUUAAACAUACUUUAUGGCUUCAAAACCCGAGGAUCGUUUUAAUUGAGAAUUUGUUGGCAGUUUCAUUAGAAAAUAGUUCUGAGGAAGAGCUUGUGGUAUUCACCUUAAUUUUCCUUUGCUUUAUGCUUCUUGUUUCUGUGUUUCAUCGUGAAACACAAUGCCCAUUACAAUGCAGGGCACUCUGUCUUUACUUUUCUGUACUUAAAAAUUUAAAAUACGAAUGUAAGGAAUAGUUUUUUGUAUUGUAUUGUAAUAUGUGCACAUGUCAGGGAGCCACGAUAGGCCAUUGCUGCUAUGUCUCCCCACCACUGUUUUGCAGCCUAACACCAGCUGAUAAAUGUCAGAGUUCUAGGGGGAAAACAAACAUAUGGCCAAGCAGAUAUCUCAAGCUUAAUGUAGAAUUGUUCAUCCAUGCUUUCUUGCUGGUUCUUACCAUUGCCCACUCCCACCCUUGUACCCUGUGUAGCACAGCAGCCACACUUUUGAAGUGAUCCUGCUUUCAAAUGAAAACUGUUAGCCCACGUUGCCCAAUUAACUCCCAGAAAUUUGCAUGUAAUUCAGCUGGUGAUACCCCCCCCUCAAGCGGAUCUGACAGAGUGAAAGACCAGGGGGUAUUGAGGGGGUGGAGAGAUGCCAGUUGUUUUAAAAGGAACCUGUUUGGUUGGGUUUUAGUGUUUAGGGUUUUAGAGGAGUAAUGCCAACCUUCUAUCAGAUAAGUACUAUGAGGAAUCAAGCUAUUAUUCUCAGCACUAGUUGUAGUGGUAGAUAAAGUCUCUCUGUAUUCCCACAUAGCCAGGGGUGAAAAUGGCUAAGGUCUAAGUCAUAGCAACUCUUUCCAAGUGGUAGAGCUGGUGAAACUAGCAUGGAGGUAAUUUAUGAUACUUUGGGCUGCUUCCAAUGUUUCUUUUUAUCUUUUAGGAUCUUUCUGUAUCCCCAUCCAACCACUAUUUCUUUUGGAGCUACUUCACACAGUGUGUGAUAGCUGCAGGACACCUUAAAAACUGUUGCUAAGAGCUCUUUCCACACAGUAAUAAAGUGGAAGCUAAAAUAUCCUCUCCCCUCCUCUCUCCCUUCCUGCCUGGUAUACACCAUAGAAAAACGUUGAGGAGUAUCUCUGCUCUCUGUAUGUUUCUACACACAAUGAAAACAAAACUUUUUAAAAAUAGCAUCCACCCGCCCUUUACCCAGUGCCUGCUUCUGCUGUAAGAUAUUAUGUGACCUUCAGUUCUGCAGCUUGAAAUACAGAUAGACUAAACACACAAGUCAGUUGCUGAGUGAAUCUAGGAAGAAAGAUAUGGCUCACUGGUGAUACGUUGCGAAUCCCUGUACCGGAAAUGCCUAUUUCAGGUUUUUCUGUAGAGACAUGACAAGUACCUGAGAAUUUGAGCCUUUCAGGUUUGGAUUUAGUGUUAUUGCAGAAAAGUGUCAUCCCCUGCUGCCAGUACAACCCAACAGACUUCUAAGUGGGGAUGAGUUUGGCCUGUGCCAUUUCUGUACCUCAAGCAACAUUAAUCAUCAUUUCCCUCUGCUGACCACAGGAGAGGUCACUGACCCUAGUGCAGGUUACUCUGGGGAUUUCUUCUCUUUGUUGCUUUUACUAACACCCCAAGUGGUGUAUACAAGUAGGACAUGCAUCUAAACUGACAUAAAAACAAUGCUAUCUUCUUUGUGAAGAAGCCUGGAAUAUAUUGUCUUGCUUGUGAGGCGGUCAGAAAGUGCUGGCUGAUAAAUGCAGACAUGGGUAAUGUGUGUAGCACAACGGGUUGGCUUUCUAGAUGAAAAUAUAGUAGAAGGUUUGUGUGAAUAAAUAAAACAAAAUAAAACCCAUGUGCCCUGAGGGAAGGUGGAAAUGAGGAAGCCCAGGCGAGGAAGAAUAUAACCACCAAGUCCUAAGAGAACUGUUGGGGCACCAGCCUUCCCUGGUGCUUCUUAAGAAAGACCUAUAUCCUCUCAGGGAAGUCAGAAGCAAGGAAGCUGAGAAUAUUUUGUACCAUUUCCUGUUCUAAUAUGCUAAAUUAUAUUGAGUGUCUUGGCAGAAAGGCAUUAUAAAAAUGAAAGAAGUAAAUGGAGUAAAUGAAAGGAUGGAUUGUUGAAUUUGCUGAAUUGACUAAUUUUAGCAUUCAUGGUGCCCCAUUUAUAGAUUCUGAAUCCAUAUGGCAUUUGAAUGAGCACAUGUUUCUCUCUCCCACCCCCACCCCCUUUUUUUUUAAGGUGGGAGGAAGAGCGCUAUCCUGAAGGUAUUAAGUGGAAAUUCUUGGAACACAAAGGCCCUGUGUUUGCACCACCAUAUGAACCUGUGCCUGAAAAUGUCAAAUUCUACUAUGAUGGUAAGCUACUAAAGGCUGGUGUUUGGUGGAGAAAUAGGUGUCUUUAUAAUGAGCAUUCAUAAGGCAGAAAAAGCCCAUACUGGGAGACCUUGUAGGGAGGAUCAUCCCAUGCUGGUAAAAUGCGGCUGGGGGUUUAUAUAUUCUCUGAAGGUGGUUGGAAUUUCAUCUGCACAACCAUGCAACCAGUACUGGAGGCUGCUGAGUACAGGUCUGUCCAUCUCCCUUUCCUCCUCCUCCAUUCAAGGCUUGUGAUGUGACAAUCCUUAACCCUCUUGUCCCCCUGUGUGGACAGUGAAUUGUGAUUGGUGCAGAGACAGGAUACAGUGUUCCCUUGUGCUCCCUGAUGUCAGCACAGAAGUGCUGGAUCAUUCCCAGAGCUGUGAAUGCAGUGUCAUUUAGAAAUGUUAAAGCAUUAGUAGCAGGAAUGAAAGAUACAUAAUUGCAUAGGAAGACACUCAUGAAGUAUCCAGUCAUAUUAAAUGAGGCUUAUUUUGAAAUAGUGCAAUGUAUUUCAGUGGUGGGUUCUCACAGCAAAAGUUGUUCAGAGAUAAUGCUUUUUUCCCUUUCAUUUUUUUAAAUGGCAGUAAGUGCUGUCUGGUAAUAAUAUUUUCCUUUAAAGUGGUUUUAUUUCUCAAGUCUGACCGUUGUUUUUGGCAGCGGAAUUCCUCAUGUGCAGCUGAUGUGCAUUCAUUGCUUACAUGCAUCUUUCCAGUUAGAAUGCAAGGCAUGCUCUCAUUGAGGGCCACUUCUAGUUCUGUCUUGCUAAAGCUGGUUGAGGGUCCUUUGCUUCCAGAGCAAGGUAUUGCCACUUAACAUACUGUCCCUGCCCAAUGACCAAAGGUCAAUUCAGAGAUUAUCCAUAUCUUCUUCCCACCCUAUCCCUGUUGAAUUUCCUGGUUCUGACUCAUCUGUAAUGACUGUUGGAACCUUUCCAGUGUGUGAGAGAUUAAAUUUACUGAAAAGGAGGUUGACAUGACUAUUUAUGCUGGCUCCGGAGAUUGCUGCCAUCAUUAGAAACUACCUUUUCAAGUUGCUUUAAAAUAUGAAAUGUGAGAGGGAUUAAUUGGCCCAUAUGAGUUAGUUGAAAGCUUAUGGCAUCUAUGCCCAAGUAAUCUCCCCAAGCAAGUUUGUGAGCAAUUUAAAUUAACUUGAUAUUUAUAUUUUCAGGGGAAUAAAUACCUCUGGCCCUAUCACAGUGAAAUCAGUUGAAUGCAGUUUGACCAAGCUGCCACUAAUGUAUAAAAUCCCCAAAUGGUUUAUAUUCAGUCUCCCUACCAAAUCAUCCUAGAAACUGUCUUAAUAGCACAUAAACACUCGAUGUAGUUACUGGUCUCAUUCAGAAAUUACGUUAAACCUUGUUUUAGCAUUAUGAGACCACAGGCAUUGGACUGUACACAUCAUUCUCCACUUUCUACCUCCUUCGUGCUCAAAGAUAGAUAGAGGCAGGGACCCAGUCCCUUUCUUGAUUGUGCUUCUGAGUAUUUGAAGGGACAAACCUCAAAUUGUACCUCUGUGCCUUUGUGAGUUUGAUAUCCCUAUCAGAGCACAAAAUGUCAAGUGAACAUCAUUCCUAUGUUCCUAAUCUUCCAAAAUAGAUGUUACAAAAUAGAUCAGAUGGCCAUAAAUCUUUUACAACAUUCAGAAGCACUCUUCUUAGCAGUUUUCUGUAGUACUUUUCUAUAGCUUACUUCCUUCAAGCUAGAUGGAAAAUUCCUCUUUCCCCCCACACUGGGCACACCCUCUGCAUCAUGAAGACUCCAUAUUGCCAUCUCUGUCUGCCUUAACUACACCAGUACAAGUAGUGGCUGGAUUGGAUUUCACAGGAAUCCAUUAUUCUGAAAUGAUGCCAACUCUUUAGGCUGCUGGCAAGUGAAAUAUUUGUUCCUGUUUGGUAUUGCUGUGGAAUGCUGGCAAGCACCUUCUCUGGGUGCACUGAAGACUGGUGUGACGUUAACACUGUCUGGGCCUACAUUAGUCAGAUUGCUUAGAAAGGGGGAGAUGUUGGGUCUGCAGCACAUUGAUGCAGCAAUUGCUUCCCCCUUGAGCUGUGAGAAAAAUCUGCCUUUCUGCGCAGCUAGUUAUUUCAUGCUGAGCCUCUAUUACAAUUCUUCAGUCAAGGGGAAAGAGGACAGUCACGAAUCACUGGUAUAUCAAGCAGGCAGCCUUUUAACAACAACUUUUUAAGCCAGUGGAGUUAGAAAUACCAGUGUCCUCUCACACAGCACAAAAUCAGCCCAAUAUGGAGGACUCUUGUGCCAGUUAUAUGAUCCUCAAGAACAGGAUAAAGAGGAAGACAGUCUGAUGAUGGGCAUGUCAGCUAUUACUUUUCUGCCAUGAGAGCCUGAUUCCUUUAUCCCUUGCUUUAUGCAUAUAAUGGGGUCGGCCCCACUAGGCCUCAUGGCAAGCCAAUGUUGUUACGUGGGAGCAUACAGCUGAACUACUAUAAUGCUUCUUCACCCUUGGGAAUCCUUUGAUUGCUUCACCUCUUGUAGGAUUGAACUCGCUGUAGUCAGAGAAGAGUCUCACUGUACAUCCACAGGGGAAGAGUUAAGAGAUUCCAUCAUCCUGUAUUCUAAUUCCAAAUCAGUUACCUGAAUGCUGUUGCAAAUUAUCUGGAAAUAGCGAAAGCCACACACAGGAGGAUGCCGUUGGCAAACUCGGGGUACCCUUGAGAUUUGCAGAAGUGCAAGAAGACUUGGGCAGAGGAACUUAGAAGGAAUAACUCCAUCCCUCUCCAAAAAUACAAAACAAACCCUAAAUGUGCUCAAUACCUGCAGACUGACAGUUGAGUGGGAAUGGGAUAGUGUGACUGGGUAAAGAGGAUGGUGGAAAAGACUCAGAGAAAUAAAAAGAAAGGUGUUUUGUUUUUUUAAGUGUCCCCAGAGAAGGAAGUGAGAUCUAAUAGAACUCAAUGGAUAAAUUCAAAACAUUAAUGCCAUACUUUGUUGGAGAUUGCACUUCUUCCUAAGGACAGAGCUGGAGCACAUUCCUGAGUGGGAUAGCUCCCCCUACUGGAUUAGACAGGCAGCGUCUUCAAGGCCUUUCACCUCCUCUCCAGGGGAAAUUUUCCCUCCUUCCAGUCUGGCUCUUCCUGUGGUCUGCGAUGGCUGGGUUUCUUAACUUAGCCUUUUCCUCUUCAAUGUUCUCUUUCUACUGUUGGCCUAUUUCCUUGGUGGUUUUGGUAGCUAAUUCCUCCUCUCCUUGUUAUUAUGUUGUCAUUUCGCAUAGUAUGUUGUCAUUUCGCAGUUCCAGAGUCUACCUCUUUAAAGGAGCAAAAAUUCCUGUGCUCUUCCUCUUUGAAAGCGAAACAGAAACCCAAAAUUGGAGUACCUGACUUCAUUCACUUCUGAAAAAACUUAGAACCAGACCCAACACUAUUUUCAUGCUAACUGAUGUAAAGAUGCUGGGUUAGGUUAGUGAAUGUAAAGUAAAAUUGUACUGCCCAUAGUAAAAUUUGGAGCCCAGUGUGUGACUUUGGUUACAGCCCUCCUCCUCCUGACCCCUGGCUUCCCCUGAAACACAAGGAUGUUCAAUAACUUGUUCGCAGGGUCAUUAUUUUGGCUGUGCAUUGUAUAUUCACAGAGGGCCAACGCUGGGGAGGGAUGUUCCUGGAUCCCUUCUCUCUGAGGUAAGAGGAGUAGGCUGGUUGAGGGGUUGAGCGUCUGUAGGAUGCCACCUCGUUUUUUCCUGUUUACUCAUGGAUUGCCUUCUCUGUUGUAGGUAAAGUUAUGAAGCUCAGUCCCAAAGCAGAAGAAGUAGCAACGUUCUUUGCAAAAAUGCUGGAUCACGAAUACACUACAAAGGACAUCUUCAGGAAAAACUUCUUCAAAGACUGGAGAAAGGUAUGGUCAAGGUUAUGGAAGGGUGGGAGUGUUUGGUUCCUUAGGUAGCUAAAGUAGGCAUGCAGUUUGCCACUUGCCUGGACACCUGCUGAAUUGUUGCUUUUAUGGUGAUAGCAGUUCUGCUUGCCUGGUGAUAGCAGUGCUGCUUAAUGCUUUGGUUAAGUUGAAAUGGCUUGAUUAUUACUAUUUUUUUACUUUGUGUGAAGCAUUGUCCUAGAAUGGCCACAAACUAUCUGAAACAGCAAAAUGUGUCUGUGUUUAUCACAGGCAUGCUCUACUUAAACUCUGUGGACCAGGAACCUUUUAUUAACAGCUUUCCUGACUAGAAUCAAUCUGCCAAGUGAUGAAGUAUAUGAAAUAGGCUGUCACAGGUGACCCAGGAUUGGCAGGCUGGCUGCGUUCUCUUCUGUUCAUGUAACAUGGAACAAGUAUGAUCAAAAUAAUGUAUAAUAGCUAGUGUAGUAUCAUUGGAUGUCAUCAGACCAGUUUUUCAACCAUCUUUCACUGUUGUUGUGAAGAUGAAAUGGUUGGAGAGAAAUACCAUAUUCUACCUUUAGCUGCUUUGAGGAAAUCAUUUCUCAGCCUAGAUACCUCACAGCAUUGUUCAGAUAAACUGAGAGAGCUUCCUAUAUUUCACUCUGGACUCCUAGGAGACAGGGAUACUUCUGUAAUAAACAAUGCCUGCAGGAGCAUUGUUCAAGUGCAAUAUUUGGCACCCUGAGAGUCUUAGCAUUCUUUAAAAAAGCUUGAAUAUCAAAUCCAUCCUGGGCAAUGCCUGGUAAAAAAAUUAAUAAUUAGAGGAAAAUUAAGAAGGGCUUCCCGAGUCCAGGCGUGUGACUGCACAGCAAUCUGGAAUUCUUCCUUGCCUCCCUCUCUCCAUUCAGUUCUGUGCUCCCCAUUCUGUCCCUGAAAGGGGUUUAAAAUCAGGAUUUCAAGCUCCCUUGGAAAUAACAUGAAAUUAUAGGAAUAUACUUGACAUACAGUUCCUGACUUCAGAGACUUCUUUGGUGUAGAAUGUUGAUAAAGUUUCAUCUCUCAGCACUUGAGUAUGGUUUGCUGAAGGAUGCCUUCUUUCUUAAUUAGAUGAUAAUAACUCUCAAAGAUGAAACCAUGAUGUUCUUCCAUUCUGCAUUUGGCCUUUUAUAGGUUUAUAGCUCUUGUUGUAACUUCACUGAUCUUGUUGUAACUUCACUGAUAUGAUAGCAGCAUCCAAACUGACUUUACUGAAAACAAGGUGGAGUGCAGUUUCCUUUUUAAGCGUUUUACAGAUUCAGAUUUCUUUUUUGCAGGAAAUGACCCAUGAAGAAAAGAGUACCAUCACCAGCCUCAGCAAGUGUGACUUUAACCAUAUGAGUCAGUAUUUCAAAGCCCAGUCAGAAGCCAGAAAACAGAUGACCAAGGAGGAAAAACAGGUAACUUGAUUUAGAAUUUGUUGUUGUUGUUUCAAGGUGCAACCAAAGGGUACAAUCUAAUAUGAUGGGUGCUAAAUGGUGAAUUAAGGAAGGGAUUAAAGGCUGGCCCAGAGAUAAGACUUCAGAUAAAUGAGAAGUGUGGUUGAGAUGGGCUAGUCAUGGUGGAAGGAUGGGAUGCUGAAAUACUGGGGAUAUUUCAAGUUCUUUCUUAACUGUGUUGAGUAGGUCUGUGACUAUUAACACUCUCAAGAUCACAACCUCUUUCUUUCACUGUGCUUUGCUGUACUUGUAAAAUGCCUUCCAGCACAACCUGGAUGGAGCUAAUGAAUGUCUUGUAACUCUGGUUCUGAAUAAUUUAUAGUGCAGUUUGGAAUGUGUUGUAAUUUUUUCCUUUUUUGUGGGUGUUUUGUUUUCCCCUAGAAAAUUAAAGAGGAGAACGAGCGGUUAUUAAAAGAAUAUGGCUAUUGUAUCAUGGAUAACCAUAAGGAAAGAAUUGCCAACUUUAAGAUUGAGCCUCCGGGUCUCUUCAGAGGGCGUGGAAACCAUCCCAAAAUGGGCAUGCUGAAGAGGCGGAUAAUGCCAGAAGACAUCAUCAUCAAUUGUAGCAAGUGAGCAUGGAAGAUUUCACACACCAGCUAGGAGUGACUUUUGGUUAUAAUGCGUAGCAGCUGUGUUCAGGCUUUUCGCUCCGGAUAACCUUUCUGCCAAGUAGAAUCUGUUGUUUCUUUGUAGAAACUUGUAACAUAAAUGCAGCCCAAGAGUUGAAGUUCAGUACAUACCACGUUAAGUUUCACUUGUGAACUUUUCACCGUAGUUCACAAACAACUGUCAAAUCAUUAGUUUGUUUCUUUUAAAAAAAGUAUUGUGAACUGGCAAAACUCAAAUGUUUUGAUCUAUUUAUUUUUAAAUAUUAGUAGAUGGUGGUGGUUGCAUUCCACCCUCCUUUUGCUUCGGGAAGCUCAAAGUGGCUUACUUUGAGACAAACAGGCAUUCUACUGUUCAGCCUAAGACUUGGUUAGCUUUAACAAAUCACUUGCCUUAUGUCACUUCAGACCAGUUUCCUAGCUCACAGACACCAUCGUAUCUCUUUUAACUUUAAUAGAUUGUGGAGGGUAUAGCCCCAUCCCAACUUGGUCCCUGGUAUACUGUAAUAACAAGCGAUCUCUCUUGCCCAAUGUUUACUGUGUCAGAGCUGUUGAAAAAAAUCUGCAGUUCAGGACAUGGUAGUUUAUAUUUUAAGGCAAAAGAGCAAUUUGCCCAGUUUCAGAAGACCUUAGAAUAUUGAUAGCCUGGUCUGCCUAAGGAGCAAAAUAAUAUUCAGUAAGCAAGGUUUGGGGAAGGCGGGACUGGAUGGUGAGAGCUGAUGGAGUGAGGUAAGAUUUCAGCUGCUUAGGCAGUUUGGUAUUUCUGCAAAAGUGAUUUGUAGAAACAUGAGUGCAGGGUAAAGGUUGCAGAGGGAAAGACUUCUUAACAUACCUCAGCAGGGCUGUUUCAAAACAUUACAGUGACUAAAUUGCUUAGUAGUUUUUAACAUGCUAAUAAGCUUAAGAUUGUAGUUUUUAUUUGUAAGAAUAGCGUAAGCCUUGUUUGCUUUAAAACCUUUAAGAAUCUUAAAGCAGAUAUAUACAAGAAUUGAUGCAAACAUUUACACACUUGGUUUUUCUGAUUGCUGGGCUUGAGGCCUAUAAAUAUCUGGCGAAUCUAGACAGUUCGUAUUGUGACUUUCAUUUCAAUUAAUGGUUCCAGCUUUGAUUAUCUGAAUUAAACUGAAUAAAUUAUUUCCUGGUUGUAUUUUGCUGUUAUUCACGGUUUUUAGUCUUUUCAGUUCUGAAAUCAUUGUUGUGUUCUUGUUUCCCCACCCCCUUGUACAGAGAUUCAAAAGUUCCUCCACCUCCCCCUGGACAUAAAUGGAAAGAGGUCCGGCAUGAUAACAAGGUGACCUGGUUGGUGUCAUGGACAGAGAACAUCCAAGGAUCUAUUAAGUACAUCAUGUUGAAUCCCAGUUCUAGAAUCAAGGUGAUAGUUUGUCUGAAAACUUGGAAGCUACUUCUGACAUGCCCAACGCUCUGUAUCAUAGGAAUCUGCCCUGUACUGCUCCAUCUAGUUCGGCAGCAUCUACACUGACUGCAAGCAGCUCUCCAGGAUUUCAGAUGGGAGUCUUUCCCAGCCCUUCCUGGAGAUGCUGGAAUUGAACCAGGGACUACUGAACUACUGACCGUUCCUAAGGAAUCGAUGUGUCAUUAAAUGGAAGAUCCAAAGAGUACUUCGUUACUUUUUUGCGACUCUGCUGCCAGCUUAGUGGGUCUUUAAAACUUCUUAACCCCUUAGGCACUUCUGAAAUAGGCAGUAACGUUCAAGUCGAAUAAUGUCUGUACGGUGGCAAUGAGGGAAUCUUGGGAAAGUGUUCUUGAAAUAUGCUCCAUCUCCAAACUGGAGACUUUAUGCUUUGGAGCAGGUCAUCAUGUUGUUCCUUGUGAUUGCCUCUGCAGGGUGAGAAGGACUGGCAGAAAUAUGAGACUGCUCGGAGACUGAAGAAAUGUGUAGAUAAGAUUCGAAAUAAUUAUCGAGAAGACUGGAAGUCCAAAGAGAUGAAAGUGCGGCAGAGGGCGGUUGCGCUGUACUUCAUUGACAAAGUGAGAAUCUGUCACUUUUCCAGUUCCUUCCUUUUUUUUUAUUUUAUUGCCUAGGCAGGGCUUCUCAGCCUAGACUUGUUGAAGCAUUGGUUUGAAACUGAUAAGCUUCUAAGCACAACGGUACUAAAUGUGCUGGAGAGAUGUUUGAAGUAGGUGCCAAUGGAACUGAAUAAUCCAGAAAUAUUUCUAAAGCAGAGAUGGGAAGCUUUCCUUGGCAGAUGCACUGCUUUUUGUGAUUGCUUAACUAUGAGCUGAAUGAGUACGGGUAAAAUUCUGCCCAAUUUUCUCUGGACGCCUCUGCAUAUGUACAUACAUGCACACACAAUUUACUUUUUGCAAUGCUGUUAAGAGGUGGCAGCCAAAGUGGGCAGAUCUAUUCUGGAAUCAAAUGAUGAUAAAUGGAUUUUUGCUGCAACAUCAGUGGUAAAAUUGGCACUAACUUACCUAUAAGCACUGCCCCGUAUUAGCUCAUUAAGGCAUGUGGACGGCACACAGACAGGCCCCCAGUCACCUAAGCAAAUAGAUAACAUGGGACCAAGCCUAGUGUAUUCUUUCAGUUGCAUUUACAAAUGCUAUAAUCUCAGCUCUGGAGUUUAAACUGAUAGCUUCUUAGCACAAGGAAUCCUGAAGCAGCUUCUUACUGGCUAACCAAUGGGGUUAAAAAUGCCUCCUGUUUUGAAUGCUAUUUGUGACAUCUCUUCUCUCUUUCAUUGUUUCAUAUUUGCAGCUUGCUCUGAGAGCUGGUAAUGAGAAAGAGGAAGGGGAGACGGCUGACACAGUGGGCUGCUGCUCCCUCCGUGUAGAACAUAUUAAUUUGCAUCCAGAGUUGGAUGGCCAGGAAUACGUGGUAGAAUUUGACUUCCUUGGAAAGGAUUCCAUACGAUACUACAACAAAGUCCCCGUUGAGAAAAGGGUAAGAUUUUUUUUCUUUUGCACUUAACAUUUAAUUAAAGGGAGUCUGAAAAGUCGUCUUACUGAAUCGUCUUUCUUCUGGUGAGUCUUUAGAUCUCACCUUGAGUAAGUACAGUGUCCAUCUGGACAUAAAUAUUUCACAUCUUGGACUCAUAGAAAUGUAGAUUUGGAUGGGACCACAAGGGUCAUCUAGUCCAACCCCCUGCAAUGCAGGAAUUGUUUUGCCCAAAGACCCACAACCCUGAGAUUAAGAGUUUCAUGCUCUUACCAGCUGCAUCUAAGCAAGGAGGUUCCAUUUAACCAUCGUGGUUAAUGGAUCCUUCUUUAAUUUUCUUUUUCUUCACUGUCUCCAUAGUGUUAAUUGUUUUUAUAAAGUUCUGUAGCUCUCCCUGCCCCCCAAAAUCAUCUCUACCUUAGUGCUUUCAGCCUAUUCUUAUUGGGAAGGCACCCCAGUUCUUUGAUUUACCUCUUCAGUCAGGAAAAUAUUUGUUGCUUCUCUCCCCCCCCCCCCCCCACCACCACUGAUGAAUAGUGGUCUACGUACUCCCAUCCCUUGUUUGCAGGAUCCACCAACACACUUCCUGUAGGCCAGUAGAGAACAGUGUUCCUUCAGCAUUGUGUACAUGGAAGCAUGGACAUGUGAAUUAGUGAGGAGCACGUUAUACCGCCAUCAAGUUGGGAUGAUGUCCAUCCAGUUUCUUUUUUUCAUGCUGUAACAGUCUUCUUCUCUCCCAUUCAUUUGCCUUGUAGGUUUUUAAGAAUCUUCAGUUGUUCAUGGAAAACAAACAGCCUGAAGAUGACCUCUUUGAUAGACUUAAUGUGAGUGCCUUCCAUACCUGGUACUUGAGAGUUAAUCAUAAAUGAUAACCUUGGCUAGAUUUUUUUAAUUGGAAUUAUUGCUGUGAUUAUGGUUCCCUUUCCACUGACUUGGGAAAGGGUGCAAUUUUUAAGAGGCUGCUUAUGGUGCAGGCAGUUUUGUAUGUAACAGAAGAGUUCAUGGAACUGAAAUCUGCCCUCGUAGAAACUGUAAUGUAGCAGCAGCUUGAGAGAAGGAUGUGUGAUACAGUACUGCUGGCUUGUUUCUGUUUCUCUAUUUUAAUUUGGGGUUUGGUUUUAGUGUUGCAUCACAAUUGAUUGCAUUCCUCUUUCAUUUAUCCUAUAAGCUGCCCUGAGAACUUCUUGUUAUAGGGUGCCCUGUAAAGAUUGAAAACCCAUAAAAAAUGUGUAACACAAGCUCCAUUGUUUACCAUCGGGCUUUUGGGCUUCCACUCCUAUCAGCCCCAGCUAGCAUGGCUCAUGGUCAGAGAUGAUGGGAGCUGGCUGUAGUCCAAAGAGGGCCAGAGGAUUGUUAUUCCCAGCUUACCAGUUCACUAAAUCCGCUUUCAGGCAUUCAUUCUGGGAACACUGAGUAUACUAGUGGGGCUGACGGGUGGGCAGAAACAGGCUCCACCUCUGAUCUACAUGGAUCUGAAGAGAACACUCUAAUCCAGGCAUCCCCAAACUCGACCCUCCAGCUGUUUUGGGACUAGAACUCCCAUCAUCCCUAGCUAAUAGGACCAGUGGUCAGGGAGUUGUAGUCCCAAAACAGCUGGAGGGCCAAGUUUGGGGAUUCCUGCUCCAAUGAAUGCAUAUAGAUGGAGGCAGAAACACUUUCCCAUGAUCUCCCCACCCACCAAGAAUUCAUAAGUCCCUAAGUAAGAGUUGGAGAAAUGCAUUGCUCUUGGAGGAGAAAUCCAAAAGGUUCACCACACGUUAAAUGCCUGACAUUGGGUGGAUCCAUGCUUUCUGGAAAGCAGCAGGGAUCUGGUUCUGUUCCAGAGCUCCUGAGUGCAACAAUGUCAGCAGUGCCAAAUUUAAACAGUGCUGAAGGUAAGCUGCCAAAAAAUGUGCACUCCCAGUUGUUCCUUGACAGCUACCUCUUCUGAUACACAUGUGUCAUCAGGGGAGUGACAAGGAGGUGUGACCUGCCAAAGAUGGCCAUGUGGACCAGAUUGGCUCACCUGGUAGGCUUAAUUUGACACACAGGCUGCAGGUGGUCUUCCCUCCCCCCCCCCCCCCAAAAAAAAAAUGAAUUCUGGAAAGGGUUUAAGACUAGCUUGAAUAGAUGAGUUUGUCCCUCUUGGAAUUUAGUUGGAGUAUAUGUGUCACAUGAAAAGGAAAUGUGUCUUUCUUGUACAAAAUACCCCAGCCUCCCUAACUGCAGACUCUACCUUUUUGUUGCUGUAGUAGUAGUAGUAGCAGUAGUACUAGUAGUAUCUGCUUCCAUGCUGUGCCCACCACCAUUUUCCCCAGUUGCAUCUGUUAGUAUCUGUCGCUUCUGCUGAGCUCAUAAGUGACCUGCCAGAUGCCUAUGGAAAGCCCAGAUGCAGGAUCUGAGUGCAGCAGAGCCCUUCUCACUUGUGAUUUGCAGCAACUGGUAUUCAGAGGCAUACUUCCUUGGACAGCAGAGGCAGAACAUAUCCAUGGUGGCUACCAGCCACUGAUAGGUUCAUCCUCCCACUUCCCAUCUCCUCAAAUUACGAGAGUAAGGAGGGUGCACAGGUUGAGGUGUUCUGCUGAUGAAUGCUGGAAUUAAUUCAAUCCUCCUUCUUUAUUUCUUCCCCUUAGACUAGCAUCUUAAAUAAGCAUCUUCAAGACCUUAUGGAAGGACUUACAGCCAAGGUAUUUCGAACGUAUAAUGCCUCCAUUACGCUACAGCAGCAGCUAAAGGAGCUCACAACUGGUAAGUACUUUUUGGAUUAGCACACCUCAUGCUUUUCUGUUUCUGUGUUGAUUGUCACAUCGAUCCAAAUGCAGGCUUAAGAGCCACUGGCUGGAAAUUACUUGGGCUUCUCCACAGUUUCAUGUUCUGUUCAGAGGCAAUUAUUUUUGAACCACAUUGAACAAAGUUCCAAAGUUGCUGUUGUGGCUAGCUGACCUUCUGAAGAGGAAGGAACUGAAAUCUGUGCCUUUCCAUGUCCAUUUCGGAUUUGAAAUGUGCCCAGCAGUACCUUGAAUUAGGUCAGAGGCAGCUUGUCAGCCAGUGCCAAGUGGCGAAGAAUGUCAAAGGAGACCACAGAAUUCUUAAAACAACUGUGGUUUCCAAGAGAUCUUCAAAGGUGUAUUGAAACAUUUCAAAUAGGAACGGUGUCUGUGACUUGCCUGUGCUAACCUGGUGCCCUCCAAAUGUUUUGGACUACAACUUCUAGGAAGCUGUACAGAACAUCUGGAUGGCAUCAGGUUGACAAAGGCUGCCCUAAAUUAGCCAGGCCAGAGAGAAGACAGCUAGCCAGGACACUUGGUAAAUCUCUAACAGCCUUCAAGGAUUUAUUUGGUUCCCUUAGACAAGGGACGUGGGUGGCGCUGUGGGUCUAGGACUUGAGCCUAGGACUUGCCGAUCGGAAGGUCGGCGGUUUGAAUCCCCGCGACGGGGUGAGCUUCCGUUGCUCGGUCCCUGCUCCUGCCAACCUAGCAGUUCGAAAGCAUGUCAAAGUACAAUUAGAUAACUAGGUACCACUCCGGCAGGAAGGUAAACAGCGUUUCCGUGCACUGCUCUGGUUCACCAGAAGCGGCUUAGUCAUGCUGGCCACAUGACCUGGAAGCUGUACGCCGGCUCCCUCAGCCAAUAAAGCGAGAUGAGCGCCGCAACCCCAGAGUUGGCCACGACUGGACCUAAUGGUCAGGGGUCUCUUUACUUUACCUAGUUCCCGAGAAAAACAUUAUAACCCAUCUCCCACCAAAGUGGAUGUCUGUAAUAUGUACCUCAAUCAGAUAAUGUUCUGUCCACAAUGAAGGCAGGCUUGACCCUGGGCUUCAAGGCUUUGCCUGAUAAAGAUGUUCUGUUUGUGUUGUCCAUAUAAAUGGAUGGUGUGCCUUUUUAAAAUCCAGCAAGCCCAGGCUUGCCGAGAAGGAAUGCAAGAGGCAAAUAACAGUUAGAUCAGAGACCAUGGAUAACUAUUGAAAUACAAAGGGUUUAAACUGAAUACUGGAGCUGAUACACUAGAAUACAAGUUGUAAUCAUUAGCAUUUUCAUAGCACUUUAAGGUGUUCAAGCCUGCAUAAGGAAUGUAGAAAUCUGCUUUGCAUCUACCCCCAGUAUUACUCACUCCAUGGUCUCAGGCAGAAACCUUUCCAAUCACAUGCUCUCUGAUUCUGUUAAGCAGAGGUGCCAGGGAUUGAACUUCAGAUCCUUUACAUGCAAAGUAUAUGUUCUGCCACUAAGCUGUGGACUCACCUUAAAAGAGCAAGUCUUUCUGUAUGCGGUCAUCCCUCUGAACUCCAUUUCUCCCCUCUGUUGCCUGAGAUCCUUAACUAGAGAUGCUGAGGGCUGAACCUCAGACCUUCUGCAUGCAAAACUUGUUAUUUACUAUUAAGCCACAGCCCCCCGUCCCAUUAUAAGCUUGGUACAGAUGGCUGAGAGCCAAGCUGCUAAUUUCUCUUCCCCAUGAAAAAGUGAAAUUAUCAAAGAAAGAGCUAGACUUUUCCAUUUCACUUGUUCAUUUUGAACUUUUCUAGCGGAUGAUAAUGUCCCAGCAAAGAUCCUGUCUUAUAACCGUGCCAAUAGAGCUGUUGCUAUUCUCUGCAACCAUCAGAGGGCGCCUCCAAAGACCUUUGAGAAAUCCAUGAUGAAUUUACAGAGCAAGGUAACUGACUGCUUCCUUUCGUUAAAACCCAAACCAAGACGUUGUUUGGCUACCUUUGUUAUUUAGCUGACCUGUGUCAAGCUCUCCUCUAACUUCACUAGUGAAGCUUGUUUUUCUGAUUUUUAGAAAGACAAACCUGCUUGAUUUUAUUACAGAAAAUCAUUCUUCAAAUCCUUCCUGUUUCUGACUGAAUUUAGGCAAGUUGCCUUUUAGUCCUGGAGAAGAAAUAUCCAUAAAGCAUCUCUAGUGGGGUCACAAAAUGUACCAUAAUUAUUAUUUUUGCUCCUGAUAGCUCUCUGGUGUUAUGAUGCAUUUUCCCAUCCUGAUUUACUCACAGGACACUGGGCAAAAUCCAGAGAGUCCCUUACAUGGCCAGAAAGCAUGUCUUUCAAAUAAUGACAGUCUCCUUAACCUCCUGGCCCGUUUCCCAUGCUGCUUGACAGGGACCACCAACUCCCAGGAACAGUUUUUUCGGGAUUGUUCAGGAAGGGUGAAGGUGUGAAAGCCCCUUUGUGUGAGCAAAAUUCUGCUCCUGGUUUUCUGGAUCCUACCUGUAUUUAGACACUCGUGGGGAAAGGAGUAACUUGAUUUAAAGAACAAGGGACUAAGCUAAUGAUACAUAUGCUUGGGCGCUUUCCUGAGGUUUCUCUGAGACAUCAUAAAUAUCAGUGCUGAAGAAAAGUUUCAUAGUUGAAUUUGAAAGCUUCUUGACCAGUUGACCUCAGGGAAGACUUCCAGCUUGUCUGCACAAACUGCCAAUCACAUGGCAAAGCUGUAUUUGGACUGUACCACUUGAGACCCACAGGUGGAGAAAUCAUUUGAGUGAAUGUUUUUUUCCAAGUUCUUUGCAUUUAGAAAAUUAAAUAGGCAGGCAGAAAGUUCCAAUCGUAGCAGUUUCUCUGAUGUGCUCAUUUUCUGUAUCUACAUUCCUGGAGAAAAGCUUGAAAGUGCAACUCUGCUCCCACCUGUAGUCUGAAGUGGUCAGAUCCAAAAAUUAUUUUACUGUGUGAUGAACUAUUUGUGUGGCUCAGGCCUUAUUUUUCUAAAGUGUUCUGUGCAGAUUUCUAUAAAGGCUCAUUAUCUUGUGAACUUAAAGCAAGUUCAAAACAGAUAACUCUUCCAUGUCCAUGGCUUGAGGAUAAUGAUGUGGUUUAACACAAAAUUAUCCACCUUCCUCCUCCACAAAAUUGCAAGCCUAUCUGUAUCGAGUAUUUGAUUAUAUUUUGCUUGUCUAAACCAUCCUUUUACUUUUCAGGUUAUUUCUGACAAAAACCCUGAGGUCAUUUUGGUUAGGUUGGUUUACAGCCUGAAUCUGUUUUAUUAAUCAGUGGGGUGUUCUUUUUGGCUUUCAUAAUAUCUAACCUGGCUGCUUCAGUUGUUAGGACUGACAGCUUUGACAGAAUGGUAACGACUUGUUUGCCUUCACUCUCCCCCCCCCCCCAACUCACCUGUCCCAUUAUUCUUAGCUGAGCUGAACAGUCUGUCAGUCACAGCUUAGGCGAAUGGAGCUGCGAACCUUCAGCUUCAGAUCAUCUUACUUAGUUUGCCGCAGAUCAUACAGCUUCUGCUUUUCAUUCCUUUAGAGCAGAGAUGGGGGACCUGUGGCCCUACAAAUGUUGCUGGGCUGGAACUGAUGGGAGUUAGCAUCCAAGAGCAUCUGCAAAGCCAUAGGUUCCCUGUCUCUGCUUUAGAACAAACCUAUUAUUGCUUGGGCUGAGAAAGUUUCCUGACGUGACCUAGCACAGUGCAUCCGAACCUUUAAAUAGGCAGUGGGGAUGAUGGGAAUUUUAUUUGGAGGGUUCCAUCUAUAUGGCUUCAUGCACUUCGUCCCCAGUCACCCAUUGACUAUGUGUAUUGCAUACUUUGUUUUCUGAAUUCCAUUAUUGCAAGCUCUGUUUUGUGUAAUUGUACAUGUGAAUCUUUGCCAUAAACUGUUCCUGAGCCGUAGGUUCUCUUCUCCCCUGCCCUAUAUCUAAUAAACUUGCAACUCGGCAGGGUCUUUUGAGGGGCCCUCUGCUCAGAGGAUUCUCCUACCAACAGAAGCAAACUGGCACCCCAGCCAGGGCUUCUCGUCUGACAGUGCGCACUGUUGGACUUGAGACACAUCAGGUAUUUCUUGGAUAAAACCUUGAGUCUUCUGUGGUUGGCCUGAGAAGCAUCCAUCUAGGCCCAGAAUGGGAGAUCUGUGGGCCUCCAGAUGUUGCUGGACUUAGGCUCCCCCAUCCCAUCAUGCCUGAACUUUGGCCAUGCUGCCUGGGGUUGAUGGGAGCUGGGAGUCCAUCAGCAUCUAAAGGAGCACAGGUUCCCCACCCAUGAGUUGUGUCUCCUGAUUUUCCCAGGCGUAACAUGUGACUUGAAUAUUUCUAUAGGCUAUCCUCACCCUAGUGCCUCCUUCAGUUUAGUCCCUGCCAUUGCCCAAAGAUGACUUUUUUCCCUCAUUUCCUUCUCUUCUCUGGCUUUGGGCUCAGGUUUACUCUUUUUUAUUUCUUUCAUAUACUUUUUUCCCUUUGCCUUUGAAACUCAGCAUUUGCCCAUUCCUCUGCAGAUCACGGCAAAUGCAACAUUGACAUUAUUGAUGCUGCUGUACCAACAUGGUUGUCUGCAUUUAUGUUCGCCCGGCUUUACAUUUAGAGCUGUAUGCAUUUGUAAAGGCCUCCUUCAGAAGAAGCGUUCUCCAGAACAUUCAGCCUCCACCUUAGAGGACCAUAUAUAUUUCUUCAGAACCUGCACUUAGAUCUCACCUAGCCUCUCCAUGUUGCUCUAUCUCCCGUGGCAACCUAAGAAACAAAUAAUAGCUCACAUACCAUGAAUGGGCUUUCUAGGCUGGUACGGGGUGGCAGCUACUGCCACACCAUUGUCUGCCAUGAUGGCUGCCUGAUCUACUCUUUGCUUCAAGCUUAGUCAUGGAUCAAACUGCACAGAGGAGCUUGGGUGAGGAGAUUAUUCAAGUCACUUUUCCCUGCUUUGGGCAAAUCAAUAGAGACAGCCCUCUAAAUUGAUAUCUUCUUAUGCCACUCACAGUAAGUGAAUCAAUGUUCCUUUCUAAGUGCGGUGCCAUAAGUUUGGUAUCUAAAGUCCUGGUAAUCACUUCUGCAAGUUUGAUCCUUGCAUGCCUAUCUGAAAAUGUAAAUCGCAGCCAGCUCUUCAGUGAAACUUUAGUCAAGGUUAAAAAAGGCUUUUUGGGCACCCAGUGAAGUGUGUUGGACAGAGACACUGCCUUGGUAUCUAGAACUCCAGUGGAGACAAAAGUCUACCAGCUGUUUGCAGCUUGUCAGCUCCACACCUUCCAUCUCCUGCUUUCUGUUUGUGUUUUGCCUUCCCUAGAUUGAUGCCAAGAAGGAACAGCUGGCUGAUGCCAAAAGAGAACUGAAAAGCGCCAAAGCCGAUGCCAAGGUCCGGAGGGAUGAGAAAUCUAAAAAGUAAGUCACCUUGGUGUGACACUCACGUGUAUCCAAACACUUCUGCAUGGCGUUCAGGGAAACCAACUUUGCUCAGAAUGAGAUUUCUGUUCAAAGGGCUCACCUUGUCACUGGGAUGGUACUACAGUGGUGCCUCGCAAGAUGAAAUUAAUCCGUUCCGCGAGUCUCUUCGUCUAGCGGUUUUUUCGUCUUGCGAAGCAACCCUAUUAGCGGCUUAGCAGAUUAGCGCUAUUAGCGGUUUAGCGGCUAUUAGCGGCUUAGCGGCUAAAAGGCGCUUAGCGGCUUAGAAAAAGGGGGGGAAAGCGAAAAAAUCUCAAGACUCAAGGUUUUAGGGAAGCCCAUAGGGAAAUUCGUCCUGCAAAGCGCAUCGAAAAACUGAAAACCCUUUCGUCUAGCGGGUUUUUCGUCUUGCGAGGCAUUCGUCUUGCGGGGCACCACUGUAUAUGAAGGGAAGAAAAAAACCUCUUUACUUCCUGCCUAAUUUUAUAUAUCUCUACCAUGUCUCCCCUUACUUGUCAGAAAAAAACCUUUUCCACACAGUGUGUAGUGGCUACCACAGUAUGUAGUUUUUAGACUGCUUUAAAAAGAGAAUCAAUAAAUUCAUGCCUGUCGUGAAAAAAAGCUAUCUGGCUACUAGUCAUGAUAGCUGCAGCCUUUCUUCAGGAUCGGAGACCACAUGCCUCUGAAUACCAAUAACUGUGGAGCAACUGAGGGAGAGGGCUGUUGUGUUCAUGGCCUGCUUAUGGGCUUCCCAGAGGCAUCUGGCUGAGCACUGUGGGAAACAGAAUAUUGGACUAGAUUAGCCUUUGGUCACACCUAGCAGGUCUGUUCAGGUGUGCUUCAUUCCAAUAGAAAGAAAAGCCAUUCAUAGUUCCCACCUGAAAAAAAGUAUCUCCUUGCCCCUCACAGGACCGUAGAAAGUAAGAAGAAAGCAGUACAAAGGGUUGCAGAACAGCUGAUGAAAUUGGAGGUCCAAGCUACAGACCGGGAGGAAAACAAGCAGAUUGCCUUGGGGACUUCCAAACUAAAUUAUCUCGAUCCUAGGAUCUCUGUUGCCUGGUAAGCUCUUGCCUGUUGGGGAAGAAAGAGCAGCCUCCAUCCUAUUGCCUUGCUUCAGUCUUUGAAAGGAAAAGAGGCAUUGGUUCUGCUGGGAUGCACUUUUGUGUUUGUUUGGCUGUACACACCUCUUGCUGUUCAUCCUUUUUAUUCCUCUCUCUCUCCCCCUCCCUCCAGGUGCAAGAAAUUUGGAAUACCUAUAGAGAAGAUCUAUAACAAAACCCAACGGGAGAAAUUUGCCUGGGCAAUUGACAUGGCAGAUGAAGACUUUGAGUUCUAACCUGAUUUUAAUGGGCUGAAUCUUAUGAAUGAGAAGGGGAAUAGCCUGGUUUUAGGGAGAUUGAUAAAACUGUGAGCCUUACUUGUCCUUUAUAUUUGGGGGAGGGGAGGGGGGUGUCGGGAGGGGAAAGCGAGUGUCUGAUGAAAUACCCAACAUCUUUGAGAAAAGAUAGGCCUGGAAAUAUUAUAGAGUUGCUGAGCCAGUUGUCCUAUGGACAACUUAUUUAAACCUGUUUCAGAAACCCAAAUUCUAGCUGUAUGGUUUGUGUUUUUGUCUCUGGAGGGGGAGGACAAGUGGAUGGGGGAAUUUGUUAACCUUCUGCCGGGCAAAUUCACCAUUACACUGAGGAGCUUGGAAAUCAUUAGCUACUGUAUACAGAAUCCAAUGAGAUAUUGGUGUGUUUUUACAGUUAGGGUUUUGCAAUAACUUCUAUAUUUUAAUAGAAAAUGGAUUCCCUUAAUUUCCCGCCCCAUCUCCCUCAAUUAAUUUAACACAACUGAAGCCCUCUCAGCACACUGGCUCUGGCCACAACAGUCAUCAUGGAAACACCCAGUUGUUUUCAUUUUUACUUGCCACCAUCAUGGUAUUGAAAACCUAUAAUAAAAAUACAACAUCUCUUCAAAGCAAAGCAUGAUGGGAAGAUCCUUCCUGACUUGAGUGUUAUUUUCUUUUUCUUUCUUUUUUUGUUAAUGUGAAUUUUUACUACUUUUAAUUAUUUUAAAAUAUUUAAGCUUUUUUUUCUUCUUGAUCUUAAAGAUCAUGUAGAUUUGCAGGGGGUAGGAAGGAAUGGGCUGGGGAGGGUUGAUGCAUUAUGAGUACAAAUAAAUUGGUAACAAAAUGUUUUCCCAUCAUACUUUGUUCUGAGUACAUAAUAUAUAUAUAUAUAUAUAGAUAUAUAUAUAUCAGGAAUAUCCACAUUUGUGGGUUUUGUUUUGCUUUUUUUGGCAGGGUUGUUUUUCUUUUCUCCCUCCUUUUUUUAAAAAAAGAAAACUCCACCCUCCUCUCUUUUACUUGAAAGAUUUUAUUGUGUAAAAAGAACUUUCACAGGUCAAUAAAAUUUUGAGGGAAGCGAGCUUUGGUCCAAAAAAAAAAAAAAGGAAAAAUAAUCAAGAUCUUAGGUCUUUUUAUUUUUUUUUCUUUUGUAAUUGUGUACAAAAACUUUAAAAAAAUUAAAGCAGAAUUUUAAUGUGAAACCUUUUUUGCUAUAAUCCAUUAGUUUUAGAGGCAUUGUUAGCUUAGUGUGGUGCAAAAACAAGUUUCCCGCAGUCUUUCCUCAACAAGUAUCUUCUAUUUUUAUCAUGAAUCCCCUUUUAAUCAACUGUAGGUUAUUUAAAAUAAAUUCCUACAACUUAACGCAAUGCCAGCAUCUGUCUGUUCUUGUACCCAGAGAGCUGAAUGGCUGGCUGCAGGCCAAUAGCUGUCAGGAGAUGCUUUGGGGAAGGAUGUGGGGUGUGGAGGCGCUCUAGGAUGAAAUGCCCGAGGAACUGUGGACCGGAGGCACAGUCAAGAUUCCAUGUGGCCUUCUACACCAUAGACAUUGGCAGCCAAAUAGUAGAUUGCCAGUUCUCUGGGUAUUUUUGUACAGUGCCUUGCAUGUUGGAUCCUACAUAUAUAUCAAGUUAUCUAGGGGCAGCCUGGUUCUGAAGAUUUCCCUCUAGCUCCAAUCCACAGCCAGAACAAUUUUUUCAUGGCUGGUUCUUGGCACUCUUCUCUAGAAACAAACAAGGACAAUUGUUUAGGAAGGAAGCGCUGUAUUCUUUAAGAUGACUAUAGCUAUACUUUUUAUGGAGAUCAGACCAUUUGCUUUCUUGACUUGGAGAGCCUCAGAAUACUGCAUCUUCCUUGUGUCUUGCUUUCAAGAGUUUGGAGAGCAAAGGCAUUCUCCAACAUGAACUCGAACGCUAGUCAACCUGCUUUGACAGAGUUGACUGGUAUGUCAUCUUGUGCCUUUGUACAAAAGACAGGACACAUGUUCACUUUUCUUAAACUGGCACUUAUGGCCUGCAUCAAGAAUCGGGUAUGCUUGAAACCACAAGAAAUUGGAGCCUCAAAACCACCAAUAUUCAAAGGUAUGGAUAAUUGGAAACACUAGCCAUACACAUCUAACCACACAUAGCUGUCCAAUCCUGGGUAGCACUCAAUUUGCUGUAUUACAGGUGCUAAUCUGCAUUCUAGGACCAUUGGCCUUGCUGCUGUUUGGCACUGCCACUCCAAAUGAAUCAGGCAUGCCAGCAGCCCCUAGGGCCUUUUUAAAUCCCCGUUUGAGGUUGGUUUAUCUUAAAUUUGCACAUUCAAACCAGAUACUGAAAUGAAUGUUUCAGAAUCACAGGUAAUGUAAACAGGUAAAGGUAAGGAGACUCGUAUGUAUUCUGUAUACCUGCCUCACCUUCCUACAAAUUCCAUUUACAUAGCAAGAAAAUACUGGCCCUGUGAACAGAAUAAAUUUUUUAUACAAGUGUUUUUAUGC